AUGAGCGUUUCAGCGGAUAGUAGCCCGCUUACAAGCGAUCCAAAUGCAAAUAAUCUGAAGCAAGGCAGUUUGCUGUUAAGCAUUUAUGGCUAUGCUCCUUUCCCUGGUAAGUUUGUUCACAACUGACAUCUAUUUGUAAGUAGUUGUUUAUAAAUUGCAUCGUUUUCACAGACAAUGGUACACGAGAUUUCGAGAAUGGCCUUUCUUUCAUCGUCCUUUGAUUCUCCCACAAAGAAGAAAAAAAUUGCGUGUCUUCUGCCUAAGUGCCCUUAAAGCUUUCGUUUAGCAGAAAAGAAAAAAUCGCUCUCCCCUUUUCUCCCAAUCGCUAACCAGUUUCGCUGGAUUGAUUGAAAGCGCACGACGCAAAAUGUAACUAUAAGCCUAACUCUCUAGUAAGAUGUAAUGACUGCAACUACAUGUAUUACUAUUAUGUAUAAUGAGCGCCAAUUUCACGGAGUUUAAUGGGGAAAAAUAAUUUUUACAAGCAGCCUUUAGAGAGAUCGUAGAUACUUUCUUCCCUUUUUUGGUUAAUUUUUAUUUUGUAAUUAUCUCUAAAUUUCGUGACUUGCCUAAUCGUUUGGCCACCUAUAGGCGUGAAUCUGAUAGGUUUCAAUGUCUUUGGAACAGCACACAUCAUUAGCGGUUUAUCACGGUACGAUAUUUAUACAAUGAUUUCAUUGCGGAGCGUCCCAAAAUUCCUUUCAACUUACUUUGUUUCCUACGAUGAUUGACAAACUUAUCUAACACCAACAAAUUCUUGAAGUCAUGGGUGGAGAUAUCGGACUGAAGGAAUUUUACGGGACAUGAUUUUCUUUGUCUUUUCCUUUUCGUAUUUCCGAUAACAGAUAGCUGGCGGGGAAGGCAACAACACAGCGGAAAUUGCCUCUGACGGGUGAAUGCGCCUAAUUAGCAAGGCCCUCCAUCUCUUUUAUCUUGGUGGCAUAAUUUUUAAACUAGACCACAAAAAUAGGGCUUCUUUAAAGUGACUGCAUUCAAAGUGAUUAUAUCCAGUAAGUCGAGUUUGAGACGCGGUUAACGACGCAAUCUGCUUGUGUUACAUGGCAUAGGGCAGACUAAUCGAAGUCCACAUUGAGCUAUCGAAUUUAAGGUUAAACCUUUAUCGCUUUUCGUUACGGACGGUUGAUAAAACUCCUGUUACGCUAAUUGUUCCAACACUAAAGAGCGUGUCAAGGCUUUUAUCUCAGAGUGUGUCUGGGUUUUUAUCUCAGAGUGUCUCAGGUUAUCUUGGUUUAACCCGUCGAUUCCACUCUGUUGGAUAGUCAGCUUGUUUGGCGCCUUCACCGUACACCUAAUAAUCGCGUGGUUUAGUAAACGGAAUUGGGUAUAGAAAGGUUGGGGGUUACAUUAGCUUGGGAGGAGGGGAUGGAUAGGUUUGGAAGUGAUCAAUAAUACACUCCUCACCCUUCUCAUUUUCACAUUGAUAAAACACGCAAAAGCAGAAUUUGAUAUAAAAAAAACAUCUGAAAUUCUCUAAUUAAAAGAUAAUUGGUAAUACACUCCUCACGCUUCUUAUUUUCACAUUGAUAAAACACGCAAAAGCAGAAUUUGAUAUAAAAAAACAUCUGAAAUUCUCUAAUUAAAAGAUAAUUGGCAAUACACUUCUCACGCUUCUUAUUUUCAUAUUGAUAAAACACGCAAAAGCAGAAUUUGAUAUAAAAAAAAACAUCUGAAAUUCUCUAAUUAAAAGAUAAUUGGUUACCUGAACAACAUUCUGUUUAUAAUUAUGUGUUUAUCAAUCACAAUUGUUAUGACAAACGUUAAUCGAAUCAGCAUACCAGAAAACUCUUAUCAUGUAGCUUUUUUUCCCUGUUCCUUGAGAAUACAAAAUUAGUCUAGCUUUUUUCUUUAUUCUGGAUGUCAAAACUUAGAGAAGCAAUUCAUGGCUAGGUGCCUCCUCGAUCAUUGUUGUUAUUACGUGGUCAUCUCGAUGGCACGCUGCUAAACUAAGUUAAUUGCGGAGUCUGUUAUAUCCUAGAAGAUAAGGGCUCCUUCUUUCACCAUGAUACGCAUCCGCACCUUUUCUUAAAAUAUUUUGAAAGCUGCAUCUGUUCAGUUAUUGAUCUCGAAAAACCAUGGAGCCUAUGACAAUAUAUAUUUUGUCCAACAUAGUGGAACGAAAUUCACCAACGUGUGAAAUCCAUUAAAUAAUGGUUUAAAAAAAAAAGCUUUCUCAAAAACUGAAAUAACUUGAAGUUUCUUUGUGAUCUUACUAUAAUUUUUUUAUCUUUUAUAUUUAUCACCGGCCUGACUAUGUCGAUUUAAAAUACUUUAUAACACAAUUCUCUCUUUGAUUUACAGCUUCUACUUCCCCUGCUUCUGAGUUGAAAAAACAAGCUCUUGGAAGAUCGAACAGUGUUGGAAUUAUUGAGAACAUCCAUACAAAAGCUAUUCAAUCAUCACCCUUGGCCGGCGAAAUACACUACGGUAAGAGAAAACACAAGUUGAAAAAAAAUUGUCUUAGGAAGAAGUAUGAGAUUGAUUUUUAAUGAAAAUUGCUUUUCUAAAGGCAGCGAUUAUGUUAAAACCCCUCUGUUAUGCAACACACUGGGAUGUAGCCACGUGGCACGUGGCUAUCCCUGUUGAGGACGUGAGGUAUGUACUGCAAUGUACAACAGGAAGUAGAUGAAGUACACGAGAGCGAGGCAUUAUUUAGUCGCCCAACCUCUCAUGUUGCACCCGCCAUUGAAAAAAAUGAUCGUGAAAGAUGAUAUGGUUUUUACUGGUAAAAAUGAUAGGGAAAACAAGGCGUGCCGUGAUAACUGUAGGUUUUUUUGAUUGGGUCGUUCUGAAAGGAUUAAUUAUGAGCAGUUUUUCAAUAGUAUUCAUUUCUAGACUUGCCGGUCAUUUGAGACAAAGUACGCUGUACUGCCCUGGUUUGUAAAAAUAGUAAUGAUUAGUUAAACCUACUCGUUACUUAGCAAAGAUUGAGUUACCUUACAGGAGUGGUGCGUGUAGGUGGUAGAUGUAUUUAUAUGUAAUGGUAGUAUUUUUGCACCGAGAACAGCGUUUGCUAAUUUUAUACCUCUGCAUGACAUGCAAAGAAAAUGUUUUGAUUUCCAUGGCUUUCGUGCGGGGCUAAUUGACGCUGCAUGUACGCGUUAUUGUUCAGCAUAUUCAAUUUAAUUUUUGAAUCAUGUUAUCGGAAAUGAAGUAAAUGCUGAAAGAACUAUUUAAGUGGGCUUGCAUUACGCACUCCACCCACUUACCAGCCUUACUGCCCUUUGAGCGCCUUAUCUGACUGGCAGAGGCGGAUAUCGAUUAUCGUUUACAGAACCGGAACGACCAGAAAUGUUAUCGUAUGGUUAUCGUGAGCAUAAUCUACCAUUUGAUUGAUGUUAUUUACUGACGGUCGUAUGCAAUGUCUGCUCAUCACUUCGAUUGGAGUUUUGAAAAAGCAAGGAAAAAAAACGUAAUCUUUCAUCAUCGCUUGGGCGAAUCUUAUCGCAAUCUGGCAAAGGUACGUACCACCUGGAUCUCGGUAACCUGGUUCAAGUAAUUAACAGUUGGCUGAGAGAAUUCCAUGUAAAUAUAUGUCUGAAACCCUGUUCUAUUUUGAAAUUAUCAAAACCUGCCAAGAAAGUCUAAGCCGUUCUUUCUACGGAUUUCGCGCGACGAACUGAAAGGGAUAUUCUUUUGCAAUAUAUAUGUUGCCCUUACGUUCUUAAUUGCUGCUUAACGAGGUUACGUGGGCUAAUAAACGUUACCUCGAUUGGUGCAAAAUCGUCGCACUUGUAGUGUUGAAUUAAGAAUUAAAAGCAGGGCGUCUUUUUUCAAGAGUAAGAGCUUUUACAUUUGUGUAAGAAUUGAUGCUCUUUCUAGACACUAAACAUGUUAUCAGACUUAAGGUUUUGAGGUCGAGGUUUGAUCUGCACCCAGUUAGGCGUAAAUCACGCGAUCUGCAGUCAACAGUUUGUCUGCUACUCGGUCACUUAGCAACGAUGGUCACCUUUCGUUAUUAUGUUCACCUCAUUAGACUUACACAAAAGAAUAACUCGUACAGACUAGAGCUAGACUAAGGUGGUUGCAAUGGAUUGGCGAUAUUGACGCAGACCUAAAGAUCCAAGUUGAGGGGAGGAGGGAACGGGUUGCGUCAAGUGUAUCAUACGCCUUGAGUAACAGAGUGCUUUAAGUGGCACAAAAUUUCUGUACUUUUUUCCCCUUUUUUUUCGUUUGGGUUUUAGUUGAGGGUCUUCUUCCAAAAGGAUUAAUGGCCUCGGCCCUGUGUGUAAAGUAAAAAAUGGAUUUACAGGGUUGAAUGGGUUGAAAAUAAAAGCCAUGGGGUUUGAUAUUGUUAUGACAAGUUCUUUAUCAGUUAAAACGAUGUUUUACAAAAUUCACUAUGUGAUAUUGCCUUAUGGCCUCUCAAUCCGCUUGAUGGAAAGAUCUGGAAAAGCUUUCUCAAGAGGGUGCUUUAUUUGUGGGCAAUUUGCCACUGUUGUGUCGAUUACUUCGUUCUUACUGUGCAACUCAAUUUAACUAUUCCUUGAUGAUGCGUUUUUCCUGGAGGAGACGAGCUACUUUUGCAGGUCUAUUUGAACGGCUUUACAUAACGUGGAAAGCGCAGGUGUCGGCCACAGCGCCUUUAAUACAUACAUGGCGCUCUUAGAGCCUUAAAUUCUUUUCAGUGAGUAGUAUCGAUCACGCCGGCCACAAAGGUAGACUAAACGGCUUAGUUCUCCAAGUAAGCAAGCACACUGAGCUGAAGACAGAACAAGGUCUAGGAAGUAAUCAACCAAACAACACGAAGCCAUUGCUCGUGAAGAAAAUUUUAGCUUGAAUACAGAGCAUCAAAGGAAUAAUUUCAAAUGGUAAAUCUCUACUGCUUAAUUACCUAGUUCAUAGCAAUGAGAUUUUUUUACCUAUUGAUUUUAUCACUCACAAAAAUGUUCGUAUUUUUGAGCUCGACGGUUCCGCUUGUGAGAUCUCGCUGUUAUUCGCUAAGACAAAAUCCGAUUAACUCUCAGCAGAAUCUUCCUUUGUUAUAAAGAUCCCGCUAUUACAUUGCAAGCUAAUUAAGACAACAACAUAACUACCUUAUCAACUGGUGUAUUUCUUCCAAAUGAUCUUAAUUCCGAGUUAAACCUUGGAGUAUCAGACUUAUCACAUAUCUUACGUGUAUCAUAGAAGAAAGAACUGCUUGAUCCUUCCUAUUCGACUGCGUGGGGUAUGGCUUAUGGCCCUUCUAAAAGUCUUUCCCUUAUAUUCUCAGGUUUGUUUGUUUAGCCCCGAUUUUCCCACUAGUUUCUUUAAAGCUUAUUCAGAGUCUUAAACUGUAAUCUUCGACUUAAAAGAAGAUAAAAAACAGAUCGAAUAGAGAAUCUUUUAUAAAGCUUUCCUUUUCAGGCCUAUCAACUGAAUUCAACAACGCUAAACGGUGUUUCUUUUCAUUUAAGAGGGUCUUCAUAGAGUGAUAGCUCUCACGGCUUACGGUUGAAAUUUUGGCCAUUUUACGGCUAACGGUUGAAAUUUUGGCCAUUUUACGGCUGUCAGUUGAAAUUUUGGCCAUAUUACGGCUGAAGGUUACAAUUUUGGCCGUUUUACGGCUAAUGGUUAAUAUCAUAAGACCCUCUUUUAACCCUUUAUUGACCAAGACAGAAUUUCUCCCAACAAUAUCAAUACAAUAUCAAGCAGAUAAGUGAUGAGAAUAAAGAAAAGAUCACUUUGGGGAUAAUUAGUUGAUCUAAUACUGAAUUCUCUGAAGUAACAUUAUGAGAAUUGUAAAGUUAACCGUACUGGAAAAAUUACAAGUUUGAUCUGAGAGUUUUAAUAGUUAGCGUGGAAUCACCCCUGACAAGGGAGGGGUGACUGGAAAUGGGAACCGGUCUCUUUCUCCCCCUUUGAUUUUUAACUUCUUUUUUCCCACUUAUUACUUUUAAUUUUUUUUUUUUCGGUGACAGAGGUGGGGAAUGGAUCAGUGUUAUGUGGGUUUCUCUAGUAUCAUUUAGGUCCGCUCUCAUAUGCUUCGCCAUUGGAAAUACUUCUUAAGGAUUAACUCCAUGCGAGUAACCAACAUCUUAUAUCUUCUUACAGUAAUACUGCUGAAUUAUUUAUUAAGAGCAGGAGAGAAGAGAAAUGAUCGCUAAUUUAUCUAAAAGGAUUUGAUUGUUCAAGGAAUUCUCCUUGUUGGUAGCAAAGGGAAGAAGAUAAAAAAGUAUUGAGAACAUGGAUAGUAAUAUUAGCGGUGUAAAAGGUUACAUUAAUUAAAUUCAGACCACAGGGAAGUCUUUCGUUACACAGCCUUAAAAAAAUCCCUAAGGAAAGUAAUGACUGGGACCUAUUUGUUGACACCUUUAUAAAUAACCAUAUACAACUGAGACCAGUAAAGUGACACCCAAUACCUGCCGUAUUGACUUUGGAGCCUUUUUCAAUUAGCAUAAGGCACAUCCGACGCUACCGACAAAACAUGAAUAUUCAACGCGGUACCCUCAGCGCAAUGAACUGUGAUCUCCACUCGUAUUGUUCGCCGGUAAAAAUAUCCUUCGCAUCACCGAUGAGUGGGAUUGUUUGGGCCAUAAGCACGUUUUAAUUACGCGAGCUCCUCUCGAAUACAGCGCUUCAACUGUGGUUAUUUUUGGCUACAAUACUGUUGAGCAAAAUCUGUCGAACGACUUCGAGCACUACUCUCAAGAGUAAUCUAUCUUCACCUCUCAUUGGUGUGACAACUUCGAUUUAGGUGAGUUGAAAUGAUUUAGAAAAACCGCAUGAAAGAAUGGCAUUGCACGGGCGUAGUUUUGUAAGCUAUGCGAGACAUGUCGGCGCAACCAGUCGCUAAAUUUUUUUGAGUACAGUCGUCCGAUAUUUCCUGUUCAAUACCAUUGUAUGCGCUUUUACCGUCGAGGGCGAGACGGUAGCCGCUCGGCUCGUUUCAAAUCGAUCAUUUACAAAAACGUCCCUCACUUGCCACCGAUGAAAACGUGGUUAAAUUUGUCUGAAUAAUCGACAGUUCCGACAAGGAGGCUUAAGUUAUAAAACUCUUGAAUAAUCCCAAUGUACAGCUGACAUUUGAAGAGGUAACAAAUGCAGGCUAUAAUAUUACUCGCCUUCUGUGAACUUCGUUACCACGAUUGAUCAGUAUAUAUAUGGUUGAUGUUUUUGGAUUUUAUUGUAUGAAAUAUCGAUCAAAUGUUUAACUUGGUGAAGCUGGAAUCUGCGCUUUCAGGUUUGUGUUUUGCUGUUUAUGUUUUGCCUGUCAUUUACGAUUUACGCCCAGCGCGGAAAGCAAUGAUUCACGAUAUGUGAAAAUUUUGAGAUGCCUUUUUGUUCUUUAACAAUAUGACGUGUCAAAAAGCAACGAGCUUUCAGGUUUUCUUAAGAUCAGGCCUAUGUUUCUAGCCGGUGAAUUUGCGCUUUCUUCUAUGAAAGGACCUACAUCGAAGUUUCUAGUCGAUGGAAAAUGAAAUUGAAAAUCACUUGGUCUGAAGGGUUUACGGAAAAUUUUUGCUCUCCAUUAUGCAAAUGCACAGAUAACGUAUUGAACUAUCAGGGUACUCGUGUUUUGAUUUUUAAUUGAAAAAAACUUCGUAAUUUUAAAAAUUUUCGCCAGAAACAAGAAGCGAAUUCGACAAAGACAAGAUUGGGUCUUUAGUGUCAGUACGAUGCGUCGACCCAUCAUUCAUAUUUACAUCUGUUUCUCUGAAUAGUUGCUGCUGUUCCUAAUUGAGUCGCAGUUGGUUGUCAUUCAUGAACGGGUGCAGCUUAUAAACAUAGACGGAAAGAAUUAAAAUCGAAGCAGCAAUUCAGAUCACCCGUUCGUGGGAAAAAGCGUGACGCACGCUGAGGCAGAAUCGAAAGUUAAUGUGAAUUAAGUGAAAAGCAAAACUGACAAGUGACAAUUAUUUUACCCCUUCGGUACGGAAGGUCAGAUAUGUGUUUUCAAACUCAAUUUUGUUCGUCAUCGUAGAUUUCACGGUAUCUCGUUAUUUUUAAAGUAGCUUAAACUUCAUAAAGCCGCGGUAUUGGUUAUAUCAGACCCUUACUCCUCGGUAUUGAACGUAAAAGCCUCGUAAGCACCCAAGAUAUGAGAUAUAUAGCCCGCGAAUUACUCUUGUGUAUGCUCCGUAGAACUUAUUUAUCAGACAGCGAAAUAAUCCUGCUGUUUACUUUAGGUGCUCUUUGUUACAACCUCGUUUGUUAUGAUUUUCUUUGGAGUCGAAUUUGUUUGCGAAACAGCAGCUUUCGUACACAAACUGACUUCAUUCUCUCGGAAACAUGACAUUUAGUGAAUAGGCAGGAUUUGGUAAGGAUUUGUGCGCAUGUUGUCAAAGCUAAUAAAUCUGCGCAGCAAAAUAUUGGUUCAGUGUCGUUAAUUCAUUAAAUUUUUAUUUCACCCGUUAGUAGUCGCACCUUAAAGUAUAAACGCAGUAGAGUAUGAUAAUAUCACCACAACAAACACCACUAGAAUUGAUCGCAGUGUACCCUAGAGAGUAGGGUCUUUUUCUGCUCGCUAACCACGCACGCGAUGUCAUUGCAAUAAUUUGCCGUAGGUCAAGAAUAAGCCUUAUUAGUUACCGUACUAAAAAGCCCUUUGGGUUUCUGCUUUUCUGUUCUAGAUGCGUCCAAACGAAACAGUUGUUUUGAAAUAAGAUCCAACGAGAUGCCAAAGAGAUCUACACCAGGCGAGCGCGAGAGAAAAACGUCCUCUCGUUUAUUCCGCUCGAUGUCUUUGAGCGGACGCAAGCAGACAAAUAAAGAUCAGCCCGCUGGAGACGAUAAGAGGAAUUCGGCCAUUUCUAUAUCAGAUAAUGAAAAAGUCACUGUCCUUAGGGAUCACAAUGCGCAGCUUUUAGACGAGAAAAACAAAGCCGUGAACGAGUGUGAUAAAAUGAACAAGGAUCUGGUGGAUGCUCACGAAAAAUUAAAGGAAGCCGAGCGAGAGAUCGAAAAUUUGAAAGAGUUGUUGAGCACGAAGAUAAAGAAAGAAUUUGAUAACUGCGAGGUGGACGCAAGCGACAAAAUAACUCGAAUGUCGUAUAGUGACCUUGAAUUAGAACCUCUGGAGACAAAGGACAAUGUGAUUUUUCCUUCUAAAGUUGAACACCUCGAGACCACCAUUCAAGCAAGCGCUGUUCCACUUCAGAAGACUUCUUCGUGUAAGGAGUGCGAACGUUUGAAACAGUCUCGGAUCAAAGCUGUGGUGGAGGCCAUCGCUUUGAGGAAGUACGUCAAAAAUCUGAACGACGCUCUUUCUGGUGGUGAUGCGGAUAAACAGAACUUUUUAAACGACGUUCAGAAAAGGCUUAUUUCUGCACAAACUGAGAAAGAGGUCGCUUUGGAAGAACUUGCAACAGUUAUUGAUCAAAGGAAUCGGGCAGUUAGAGAAAAGGACAGAGCACUCGAGGAAUGGGGAAAAGCAACGGGUAAAUGGGAGAAUACGUUGGACCAGUUAGAUUCCCUUGUAAAAGAAAUGAAUAAGGUAAGAUUUCUUUAAACCAUGUGUGUGUUUGCGUGUGAUGCGCGCGUGUUAUCACACAGACACGCGCGCAUUCGAGGCAGUUUAAAGUCAAGUCCCUCUGAGUCGGUUGAUUACGUUAAGAAGCAACUUAAGAAAGUUAUGAUGGCAUAGAGGUGGGUUUGACUCUAUGAUAGAGGAAUCAAAGAUCUCUCUCCAGGGUGUUUUUGGUUAUGAAUUUUAGACCAGAGAGAACUGCUUGUCUUAAGAAUGGCACUACCACGGGUAUUUUUUCCGAGAGAAAAUGAGGCGUUUUAUUCAUGCUUAUAGCUGUUUCUUAUUCUAUCUUAUGGCGUUUGAAAUAACAGUGAAACCACAAUGUAACAACGUAUUAGGAGUAGUGGUCGAACUUGCAAAUACUGAUUAUAUUGAAAUAACUGAAUGAUCAAACCGUGUCCAAAAGGUUCAACAGUCUCAAAAGAGUUGGCGAGGAAAGUUUAUUGAGCCCGUUUUCUCCAACCAGAAAGCUAGUCUUAGAAGUUUACACAGUUAUAGAGUUUCCCUAUUUCAUUAUCUGCCAUUUUGUUCUCAAACGAAUAUAAGAAACACUUUAGGUGAUGUUUGAAGUAUGCAAUGGUCGCGCGGUUUUCUUUGAGCAAAGGGGGGAAGGAAUUUUGGGCACAAAAUGUGCGCUUGCACCGUUCAGAAAAUGGCCGUCGUGAAAAAUUAAUUAUUCUUAAAAAACCACAGAUACGUCCUGAUUACUAGACCGGUACUGCAUCUUCUCACGUACAGAACGCUCCAAUGUUUAGAAAUAAAAUUAUCAACAUGAUCAUUUGCUUUGCUAGAGUAGGCCCCAGUAGGUUCUUUUCUUUACUCGGCUUUCGAAAACGCGUCUUUCUAGUUGACUCUGCGCCAUGUUUAGUUCAAAACUGUACAGUCAGUUUGUAUUCCGAACCUCCAAUGUCACUUGUAUUUGCUGUUUGUAGACCAUCUUUGAUGGAUGUCAUGACAAACGCCACAAAAAUUUAAAGUAUGUUAAUGACUAUACCACAAGAAUGAAUUUCACAAUAGAAUGACUAAUUUGUUGCUCUUACAUAUUAAUUAUCUCACGAUCUAAGCAGAGCAAAACCUAUUUGUAUUGUUGCUUAACAGAUCUUAUCAUGUACUCUUGUUAAUGACACUUUGAAAGAGUGUGAAUACAGCGCGAUCUGUUCCUUUGUGCAAAGUAAGGUCUUGUGGCUUUUGAUAUUUUGCCUUCGGCGGGGGAUUCCUUUCGGCAUGCAACGAUGCUUGGAAGAAAGCACGCACAACUUUCGAUGUAUAAUAUGAAAAGUUAGGUUUUUAUUUUGAAGUGCAAUGCGUUUCAGUUUCAAUAUGUUACCACGUUUCGUAUUGGAUGAGUUAUAUAUCGUUAGAUGGCGAGACUGAUUCAAAAUUAUACUAACAGUUUGUGAUCGCUUUAUCAUGGUAGAUUGGUUUGGUUACAAACUCAUUGUCGCAACAAGUUUGUGCAUACCAAAAUUUUUAGCCUGAAUGUAAAACUUCCAAAAAUGAAUCUUGAGCAAAUGAUAUCAUCGCAAUUUGUUGAUCAAAUGUUGAAAAAAAAAUAGAUAGAUCAAUUGUAAAAAAGAUAAGAAGUGUAAUUAAGCCAAGGUACUCGUAAAAAUUCCAGUUACGGUAGCCUAGACUUGCAUAAUCAAUGAGAGCUUGAAAAAGUCUUUCAUGAUAGCCCUCCAAGUUAAGUUUAAGUAUCGGAAGAUCUUAGACAAAGGUUCUCUCUUUAUUCUUUGGGUUACGUCCCACAUCUCCCUGAGGUGAUUGGAAGCAUGCGGCAGUCCUUUUUCUAAUAUAGAGGCUAAUAGCGAAGCGAACAAAUAUUAACUUGUCAGGAACCUAUGUGAGCACCUCAUUAAGCCCCUUUCAGUUGGUACAAAUGUAAAUACGUAAAGUUUUAUCUGAAAAAGGGUUGUAUAGAAAUCUAGAACGACUUGUGUUCAAUUGAGGGUCUGCAUGUAGCACACUUAUUGAUCGGUCAGUUAGUGACUUAUUUGCCUACCAUCACGAUGACUAGUCCAAUAACCAUGUCAGUUAAUCAGUCAGUUACACAGCUAGUCAUGAACCCAGCCAGUCAUUCCGUCAGUGAAUUAAUUUUGCAAUUAAUUGACUAUUAAUGAGUCAAUAUGGCAGCAUGUGGGCUAGUCCAUCCAUUGAUGAGUUGGUCAGUCAGUCAGGGAGCCAGUCAAGCAGUCAGUCAUUCGCAAAGUCAAUCUGUGGGUUUGUCAGCCAGUCAUUUGAUCAUUACUCAGUCAGUCGGUCUGUCAUCCAUUUGUUAUCAUCCUUGUUAGUUAUUUAUAAGUUUUCGUUACAUUCUGUUUGCAGGUGAAAGCAGAACGCGAUGAUCUUACCAACAAGCUAAAGAGAAAAGAGGAAGCCUUAGAGAGAGUCAAGCAGGAGACAUCUUUAUUAUCUGAGCAGAUCGAAGUCACGAAGCAAGAUUCAAAUGACUCCAUAGAAGAAGAAGAAAAUAUUACCUUCAGGGACAGAUCCGAGAACACGCAAUCUGUAAGAAAAUUGAGCACUGAACUCACAAAGGCUCAGCAACGAAAUUUUGAAAUGGACGCUAGAGUAACAUCACUAGAGGAGAAGUCAGAGACUUUUAAGAGAGAAAGAGACCAUGCGAAGGAACAGUGGAGGCAGUCUGUGAAGGAACGAAAGAGGUUACAUCGGGAGAUUGCUUGCAUUGUUCAAGCUAGGGACGAAGCAAUACAAAAAUGUUUUUCCACCGCAGAACAAUUAGAAAAACUGAAAGAGGAGUAUAAUCACUUGCUGAACCGGUUAGCAAAAACCGGUUUGAGUGCGAACAACACUAGUGAACUGUCAAUUCCGUGUUCUCUCAAGGAGUGUAAAUUUUGCGCGGGUGAUUCCGGUGGAGGACUUGAGGUAAUAGUUUAUCAUCUUCCUUAUGCAAUGUCAAUGAAGGCGUAGUUGAAGCCAAAAAAAAAAAAAUGUCAACGAGACAGAUCUCCUUUUUCCCCCUACUUCGUGAUAUAAAAUUUGACCUUAACCAGUAUAUUUGAUGCCUAACCAGUAUAUUUGAUGCCCUUUAUUGCCAUUUGAAAAUUUCUAAUAUUCUUUUUCAUUUAGUCUCCAGAGACGUCAUUCACCGAAAGUGAAGAAAUUCGUGUAACUUUAGAAAAGGUUUGUUGAUAUGUGAGCACCUCUGGUUGUACAUGUAACAUAGGCAGGCUUGAUAUCAGCUUGUCUGGAAGGCACUAAAAUUGUUGUCAGGCUGAUUUGAAGGCAAUGACGAUGAAUGUCAUUGUGGUAUGGAGCGGUAAAGUACCAGAAGAAACGACGUUGGAGGCCAAAAUGCUUCCCGCAGAUUUUUAGCGUUUCACAAAGUAAUAUCAGUAUCCAUAUUCUCCAUACUCUUCUACAAACCUUUCCUUUAGUACUGACUGGGAGAAUUUGAUUAAUAAUGGUAAUAGGACCGAGUGGAGUCCAAUUCGGUCUGUAAUCAUACGAGUGAUGAACAAAAUUGGACGACCACGAAGCGGGAGUCCGAUUUGUUUAUCACAAGUAUGAUUACAGACAGAAUUGAACGACAAGAAAUCCUGUUUUCAAUUAAUCAUAACCAUUUCAAUUUCCGAAAAAACAAAUACGCCUAAAACAAAUAUCUCCAGUGGAGACAAUGUCUUUAGUUCAAAAUUCCUUCAUUUUGGAAAUUGCCUUUUUUUCUUUGGAUAAGUGGUUGUUGCUAUGGUUAUUGUGAUCAACUCUAUGAUUGGUGGAUUCAGCUGAGUGGACCUAGUAUGAUUAGCUGCUUCAACUGUCCGAUUAUAGUUGUCCGAUUACAGCUAGCUGUCCGAUUACAACUGUUUGAUUAUAACUGUACAGAGUGAUUAGUGAUAUAUAAAGCAGCUGAUGCACCAAUCGCAUUUGAGGAAAUUUUAAUGAUUAGGAUUAGUUAUAUAAUUUUGUUAGGUUGAGGAUCAUUUCCUUAAUUCUCGUGAUCUUAUUGUAUGAUUCAGCAGUAAAACCGUGAGGAGAAGUUAGAUGCUGGUCACUCUUAGGGUUUAUAGGGUUGACUGACAUAACAUGCGUUCUUCAUUACGAAAAGGCCAGAAAAAGAAGUAAGGAAUGGUAUUUUUCUUUGUAAUUUAGGAUGAUCCAUUGGACUCUAUCAAAUUGGCCCGAGUUUCCAUGAAUGGAAGAUCUUUUACCGCGAUAAUUGAUGUUGACAAGGGUUUAGGGAGCGUGAGGAACAUAAGGUAAUUAAUGCUUAUAUUUAGCUUAUUGCUCGACUGAUUUAGUUGAUUACACGUAGUUUAUUGAUAGAUAGAUUUUAAAAUCUUCUUUUCAUCGGUGUUCUACAUUUUUAACCAACCCAUUAAGGCUCCACUGCCUUUGGGUUGUUAGUUCCCAUAAACCCCUCGAGUUCGAGAGGUUAAAAACAGGAAGUAAAGAAAGACGCUGUACUCUGGUGUUAAAAAAAAGAAUUUCAAAUUGUCAAAAAGGUAUAAGGAAAGGAGGUGCACGCAGCUCGUUCGUACGGAACAUUUGAAUUGUGAAAUUGAACGAUGAAAUGUUACUGCAUCUUUCAAUAACUUACGAACUUACGAGUUUCAGAAUCAAAGUUUUUUUUUUUUUGGUGAUAGUGGUGCUAUUAAUUAUAAUCGAAACGAACUUCUAAGAGCACAAAAUAAAGAAUCGAUCAAAAUCUGUCAGUCGGAAUGUGAGAACAAAAUACUAUGAAACAGUGCCCUCCUUACGUCUUGAAGGAUCAUGUUGUGUACCUCACGAGAGGCAUAAAGCACAGUGACUAAAGGUAGCUAAUGUUUUUUUUUCCAUUGAUGCGAAUUCUAGCACUAUAGUAUACUUUGUUGCGAGAAGAAAAGUAAAAUGGCUGAUGAACAUUAUUUUUUUAAUUUUUAGAAAAUAUGACGAGAUCGUCUCCAUCAACGAUAUUCCAGUAACAGAGGGUGACCAAAACCUGGUGAGAUCUUUACUGGAUGGAGCUCUUACCACACUCAAUAUGGUGAGCCUGGGGGUAAUUUGUGCGCCCCCUUCUGUGUGAGAUUGCUGAGUAAUAGGGAAACAUCUGUCAUAUUUAGUGUCGAGUUUGUGCUGCAGAGCGUGGCAAGAAAGGCAAAGUGCAAGGAACGGAAAAUUUACAAACCAUAUGACCAAUGUUGUACCCCUUGAUACAAACAUUAAGUAAUUGUGAGUUAUUCAUCGUUCUGCUUAUGACGUUUCUCAGGUUCUCAAGCGGCAAAUUGGGACAUACCAGUUAAGCUUUGACUUGGACCUCAAAGCACCGAAGAAAUCUAAAGUCGGUAAGUUUAGUAGUCAUCUUUUUAUAUAAAGUAGACUUCACUUAUGUGCAGUAAUUGCAAUUUCGCGCACAUUACUGAAGGAAUGAUUUCCAUUGAAAAAGAGAGACAAUUGCCCAAAACAAGUGGUGUUCAUAACUGCAACGAUCGCUUACAUAUUCUUUUCUUCAACCGCAGUUCACAUAUAUGAUUUUCAUAUGUUUACAGUCAUUUAUUCACCACCUUGUGGGUUUAUUUGAACUAAACAUAAUAACCAGCUCCCAAUUGGCUUGUUAGCUCAGUUUGUAGAGCGCUGCACCGGUCAUGGGUUCAAAUCCCGUGCAGGCCUGAAUCUUUUAGGUCCUAUUUUUGCAAUUACUUAAUUAGUGUUUAUAACUGCGAGGAUCGCCUCCUUAUUCGUUUCUUCAACUGCAGUUCACGUAUAUGAUUUUCACAUAUUUUCAUUUACUCUGUGUGCAUAUGAAUUGUUUUAAAGGUUGUAAGGUAUGAAUUCAAACAGAUAUCCCAUACCUUUACUCUCCUCCUGCUUACUCAGUCCUUAUUACAUAACAUCGCUAAACUUAACUCUGACAGAGAUUCACAACUUUCCUUAAAUGUGAUGCGGACUAAACAGUUAUUUGUUUACAUCUUCUAGGUCUUGGUUUCGAAUGUGGGUUAUAUGUAAAAGAGUUAAAGCAUGGUUUUAUUUCAGAGGAUCAGAACAGUCUGAAAAUUGGAGAUUACGUCAUGAAGGUAUUGACUAAAACUAAUUUAAAUUUUAACAUUCUGCGCCCACAUACAUAUACAUACAUACAUAUACUUUAUUUGUGCUCGAAAUUCACAGUGUAGCUGUAGAGCUAAUAUCUUGGAGAAAAAAAGCUAAAAUAAAAUAAAAUAUGCUAUAUUACAAUUCCAAUAUUAUUUAUAAACUAUAUACAACAUUAUGCAUGCAGAGGGAAAUAUAACUUGUAGAUCUACCGUGGAAAAGCUUCGUAUAUGAGGAUCUCCUGCUUGAAUUCUUGAAAAAUUUCAUGUUUUGUAAGUGUCUGGGAGAGAGUUCCAUAUUUUGCUAGCUACGUAUGAAAAAGAGUGUAGACCGUAAGUCGUUGUUUUUGGGUUGGGAAGGGUCAGGAUAUGAUUUCCGCCCAAAAUGUAGGAUGAAGACCGUACGGUGAACAUAUCUUUUAAAUAACUUGGAUAAUUUGUAAAUAACAGACUCAUAUAACGUGAUCACGAAGUUCUGGAGGCGUCUAAUGAAUAGAGAUUUUAAGUUAACUUUGCUUAGUAAAAUGUCAUAUGGAGAGCUGUAGUCCUGUAGUAUAAAAGGGCAAAAGUGAAAAAUUUGUCCCGGGGUAUUAUUAUUGUACAAUUAAACAUUGCACUCAUUGCAUUGAAAUCUUACCAUUCAUGUCCUGUUUACUCAUCUAGGUCAAUGGAAAACACCUUGAUAAGAUAAUCGCUUCCUCGUUGGAAAAGGUUACCAAGAAGUCUGGAGACAAACUGAAGCUUCACGUCACUAGAACGAUCUCAGGAAAACCUAUGGCAUGUGAGUUCAAGGUACAGUAAGAUCUAUUUCUCCUUUGUGGUAUUGAUUUUUUUUUGGAUGUAAAAUGGAAAGAUAAAAAGAGAUUUCUGAAAACCUUUAUUACGAGCGUGGUACAAAAAAGAAAAGCGAGAAUUCGAACCACAGCCAGAUUCGAUUUCGCGUUCAGAUGAUACAGCGAACUUUUAUUCUUGUCAGCAAGCUGAAUAGUGUGCUGUAGGUUCAUGUAAGGGAAACGAAUUUCAAGAAAUUUUCGACUCAUCAGUUUUGCGAUCUUUUUCACUAGUAGCCUUUUUGACGUUAACAACAUGAACAAUGAAACUCUGACUCGUUUUCACGCUCCUUUUGUUUCUUGAAGCAUCUUCUAAACUCUCCGCUUUCGUUCGACUUCGUUUAAAAGGCGAGGCUUUCUUCUUCGUUAUUUUACAACCGAUAAAAUUUACGAUUUAUGUCACAUUUUUUUUCUCGCUUCCAUUUAGCCGACGAGUUAUACUGACUCCGAAUCUGACACUGUCGUACUAAGACGCCUCUCACGCGGUAAUGGCGACAACCGACUGUCACUCAUAUCAAAUGACAGCUCAAUAUCACGUGACUCCAAAUUUUCUUACAACUCAAGCCUUGGCUCCAUGAGCUCAAACAAUGAUUCGUCUCUGGCUGACUCGAGCUCGGAUCUCUAUGGCAACAGAUUCACUGGGUAUGGCCUCUUUAUGCCCGACCGGCAUCGAACUCCAACGACCAUCUACAGCCCUUCGUCUGACACUCAAUUAGAAACGAUUGUCGCAGAUGAUUGGCCGGACGUAGGGACUGGGAACGAUUCUCAGACUUCCACGGAUGCAAAGGAAAGCGAUUCGCAUAAUCAUAGCACUCUAAAACCCAACAUUCGAUCACCAAUGAACCGAAAGUUUGUUAGCACGUCGCAACUGCAGUCGGGAACGUUUUUGACGCCGAUGGGUGCAGAUGGAACAUUAGUGCGGGCUCAGUCGACCAUCACUGCUGUUCGCGUGGACGAUGAUGGGUUGACUUCUAACUUAUCGAAAUCCUCUACAUGUGGAGCGAUUGUUCCACUGGGAAGAAGGUAAUUAGAAUUAAGAUCUUCCACGACACUGACCCUCUGCUCCUUAAAAUGUUGCAUGCGAUUGUCAAGUGUGAAAUUAAUUUGAAACCGUCUUCAUAUGCCUUAAAGCGGGGUUUGGUUUUAGGAAAAAAUUCAAGGGUAUGAAGAACCGAAUAUUUCACUCGUUCCAUUUCGAAGGAGUAUCACUGAAUUAUCCUCAAAUACCAUAUAGUUUGAGAUGAAAUCGUGAUUUAGAAUGGUUAGUAACGGUCUUCAAAGUUUUUUCGCAAAGUAGUUUGUUGCACAAGCCAGUUAACAAAACAGAUCUUCUUAAUCAGCGUGUUACAACUCGGCAACUACAAAACAAAACAAGAACAAAAUAUUCUCUCAAUAUAACUAGCAGAUUUGAGCAGUAAUGCUCUUUGAAUCGUGCUAAAAAAUUAACGAAAGUUAGUCCGUUAAUUUUUUACAAGGCAGGGAAAAAUUAUGUUUGUAUGUUGCUCACUUUUAUCUUGUCAACCCCAAGAACGACCAAAAUGAAUUUCUUCCUACAAAGUCAAUUAAUUCCCAAGCAGAAAAGUAACUAGAAGAAAGAAAAAUAUCAAUCAGGGGAAAUCAUUAUAUUUCGUACUUAAUUCUCAGAUAAAAAUUAUUAGAAAUGUAAAGCAGACGGUAGGGAGAAUUGUUUUUCAGAUCUUGGAAAUGAAAAAAAUUGGUAACUAAUCCCACUUGUCUCUUCCCAGUCCUCGUAUAAUGCGGUUCGAGAAGAAAUCGUUGGAUGGCCUGGGAGUGGAAGUCUCUGGUGGUUACCGUGUAGGUAUUUACGUCAUCGAAUUGCAGGAGAACUCAAUCUGUAAGGCUGUUGGCCUUCAAGUUGGAGAUAGGCUGCUGAAGGUAAAAAAUGAAAAUUUUUUUGUAUUGUUUUUCUCUCCCUGUUUUAUAUUUGGUGUUUCUAUAAACAAAUAAUAAAAAAUGAAAAAGUUUAUUUGAUGUCAGUGUGUUGUUUGUGAGGGAGUAUUUACUUUAAUGUCUUGAAUGACGGAGAAACUUAGUCAGAGCUGAAUUGAUCUAUGAGCUCAAAUUUAACAUUCGUGUAUUGCAUCUCUUACCCUUUAGCUUAACAGUUACGAUCUCACCAGAGCGACCCUGGAUCACGCCACACGGAUUGUUCGUCUUUUACGCACAUGCACGUAUAUCAGAAUCGAGGCUCAACAAGUGUUAAGUAAGUCUCACAUCACAUCUAUCAUCUUUACUGUUAUUAAAGGUUGUAAUGGUCGAGUAGCUUCAGGACGUGAGUGAAGUGCUCGUGCUGCGUUUUGGGAGGGGAAGCGCAAUUCCUCCCAUCCCUGUCCCGCUUCGUCUCAGCUGGUUUGGAAAAGCCAGGUCCGGGACGUCGACGAACAGUCCGAACAACUGGUUGAUAAUUUUCACAAUUAUCUGAAAUGGAAAUAUUAGGAGUAGCCACAAUAGGGAAUAUAAUUCAGCGCUACUCAAAGUUUGAUGCUGCCUCUCAGCUCUUCAAAUCACAAAAUUUUUUCACUGAACGUCACUCUGUUUCUCUCUUUUUUACUUUUUUUUUUUCUCGUGCUUUCAUCAUUCCUUCAAAUUUCACACACGAGCAUCAUUCUUGGAUGUAUAGGGGCAACGUGAUCCAAUUUAUCGACUUUCUUUAAGUUAAAUCGCUAAAUCAUCGGUUAGUUUGUGUUAUUCUGUUCAGAUCUAAUCAAGCAAUUACUCUUACAUUAGAUUACGAGGAAGUCCUUGGAGACAAACCCUACGAUUCGCUUUAUGUCAGGUGGGUAAAUAGAGAGCGUAGAGGCGACUUUUAACCCUUUAACUCCCAAGAUCUCAUAAGUGAUUCUUCUUACUGUAUGUAUAUGACGUUAGUUUGGAGAACUUGGAAUUGGAUCAACCAAUAAUCCCCUAAUUGAUACUUUUCUUAAUUCUCAUUACUCGUCUGCUUGAUAUUGUACUGGUUAAAGUGUGAAAAGAGUUAGCUUUUGACAAUCUCGAGGUGGUUUAAUGCGUGGAAGACAGAAAUGGCGCAAAAUUACGGGCGCAAAUCACGCCUCUGGGAGCCAAUAAAAUGCCGUGAUUUUGAAAUGUUGUAUCUAUUGACAAAAUUCCCCUCUCCCAUCCACCAUAUUCCUGUAGACAUUUCCAAUUCGAAAGAGUUGGGUGACAUUCAAAGUUCAAGGUAACGAGAUUAACAAUUCAAUAGAACUGUACAAUAAGUCAGAUGAUGGUUUCCCGUACAGGACAAUUCACCCUUAUAAGGCAAUGGCUCCGGACGAACUAAGUUUUACUGUUGGAGAAACAUUGCACGUGAUAAACACGCGCGCAAAUUACGAUCAGGCGAGACAGAGCUGGAAGUGGGUGGCUCAGCGUGCGAGGAAGGACGGGAAGGUUCUCGAGGAAGGACUGGUGCCCUGCAUGGGAAGGUAAACACGAUUGAUGACUUUACUAACAAGAAUGCAAGCCACAAAGUUUUGGCAAACCUUUCCUAUUUGCGGAGCACAGAGUUGGUGAAAGACUGAAGGCAACUUCAAGAUGAUACAUUUAGAAUUAACUACCUUUAAAUUUGGGGCAAUUUUAAAAAGUAGUAGAUUUUGAACAAUUUAAAGUAGCGGUAAAUACGCGGAAGAAAUAACUGGCUAUCAAGCAAAAAGUUGUAGAAGAUAGAAAGGAAGAAUCGGUGUACAAUUAGGAAAAAUUAAAAAGAGAAAAAAUUAUGGAGUGGUGGCUAGAGUAAAAAAUACGAAACAAAACGGUCGAAGGCAUUGUCAAAAAUGCAAACACACUUGCACACAUCUUGACGAGACCAUGUAUAGUAUUUCAGCUGGCACCAUAAAUGUUGAUGAUCUUUAACUUAAACUCGUUGUGAACCAACUGAUCAAUUUUAAAUUAUUUGCGUAAUUUUGUGCUUUUUCAUCAGUAUUCCAGAACAUGUAGAGUCUGCUGUCCUGACGCAAACUUUUCAGCGGUUUGAAUCUGAGUCAGAGGAACAGAUGAGUGAUGACGCACCAUCCACGUUGAAGAGAGCGUCAACUGAACGUCGCAGUAUCAUACAGCGAUACCGCAAACUCAUGAAACGCGAGAGUAGAGAUUUACCCAACAACACUGAUGAAAACGGUGAGAGCAGACUUCCUUGGCAAUUGCUUAUAGCUCAAACUUUUCAUCGACAUGGUAUCGACGCCGAUUUAAAGUACUUUUUAUUUCAAUAUUGCAUGCUUUAAUUUGCUUUAAAUAUGAUGAUAUCUCCGCAAAACGAAAAAGAAACAUCACUGCGAUUUCCCUCUAUUUAUUUAUUUUUUAUAGUUUCGCAGUUCUCAUGGCCAUUAACGCGGGAAGAAUAGCUCCUUCUUUCUUUGAGUCCCUUCAUGCCGUCAUGGAAGUAGAUUUAAUAUUUGCAGGAACAGUCGAUCUCCCGUGAUCACCUUUUUACACAUACGAUGAUAAGAUCACUAAAUAAGUCUGUCAGAAGUAACCUCAUAGUUAUAUGGCGUAGAAUGCCUUUUAAAUCUUUUACUUCAUGACUUGAUGGCAAUUGUUUGCCCAAGGUUCCAAAAUGCUCGGCUGUGGGGUAGAUAAGGCCAAAGUUAAGACCUAUGUAGGUACGUAAGGAUUUCACCUAUAAAAAGUAAUUUUUCCCAGGUUUUUUUGAAAGGAUAAGAAUACUCCAGACGUUGGAUAAAAUUAGGGUGAGUUGCACUUUUUAACAUACUGCAUUUUCUCCCGGCUAGGUAAUACAAACAAAGUGACUUUCUAUGAAAUCCUUAGCAAGAUUUCAGACUGAUUGUCAGCGAUGCUUGAUCGCCCCAAGAGCACGAUGGUUACCUUUUUUAACAAAGGUUUCACCAACGGAUGAGCCGAUGACAGACUAUUGAUCUGAAACCAUCAGAGAACAAUAGGCUUAAACGGUGCAGUGCGGCAUAUUUGGUGCAUUGCCCUCGUUCGACAUGGCAUCAACAGUAAGAAGAGAAAAAAAAGACCAGAAUUGUUUAAGAGCGACAUGCAUUUACUAUUAACUUAUUCGUUAGUUACUAAAACUCGGUACAGGUAAGCGCAUGUUAUUGUUAAUGAAUGUUAGCGCAAAAUGCCCAUUUCCAUAUCUUUAUUCCUGUUUCCCUUGGAAAGAACAAUAUCAGCUAGCCAUUGAAAAAACAGUGCGAAAUAUUUAUAACGAUGCUAAGAUCCAUCAUUUCGGGUACUUAGAUUAAGGUAUCAGUAAGAAAGCAAAAAGUUACAAAUGUCCAUUGACAAGAGACAAAUGCAAGGUCAAAAGAAAGAGAGUAGGCUGACGUUCAUCAUGGUCUGUUAAGAUUCCUUCUGUCUCACUUUGAAAAUUAGACCCUCUAUUAUGGUGUGAUUACCAAGUAACCAUAACUGAUGAUACUGUAAUCCUCCUGAGUAUUUAAUCAUAAGAUAACCAUCACUAGAAUGCUUUGUUUAAUGGCGAAGGUAAUAUAGAUUAUUUGCAUGUAAUGAAAUUCUGAACUAUUUGUCUUAAGAAAAUCGCUUAGUUAUAUAUUUGAUAAGUAGCACGCCCGUUUGGCCUUGGAAAUUCUGUCAACGUAAGCCAUGAAUUAGAACAGCCAUAGAGGGGUAGAUCACCAAUAAUAUAACUUAUUUAACGAGUGUCACUCUGCAUAUAACAAUCUUGAUAUUCCCAUCUCUCUAUUCCAAAGAUUUCAAUCUCCCUAAACGUGUGGCACGUAUCAGAGAGUUAUGUAAUCCAUAUCGUUAAUAGUACCUUUCCCUUUGCCGAAGAUGGUUGCACUUAAAAUGACAAAUCAGAAUAUUUAUAGGAUUUUCAUUGUUUCAAUGCAUAUUUCCUCCUCUUAAUAUAGGUGAUAUGCCAAAUGCAUGUUGUCCGACCAUAACAUAGGUAAUAUAAGAAUUUUUAAUCGAAAGUUACAACUUUUCCAUAGAAAAUAUGUUUUCCAUCGGUCGUAUCUCAUUAAGUUUAUAUUUUAGAAGUUUCUUUGAGUAAAUGUCGAAAAGUGAAAAAGAGAAAGUUUUUUAUAAACAAGAAGAUGUAUAGUAAUAAUUUAAGUUCUUCCUCUUAGGUGUAUUUGUUCUUGUUAUCCUUAUUUUACGGGACACAUAAAAAUGAGGAUUAUUUUUACAGUGAAGUCACUUCUUGGUGUGUAAUGUUGUAUUGCUAUUGGAGAGAUCGUAAGUAAUUUAUAAAACGAAACAAAACAAACCAAACGAAAAAUAAAACAAACCAUUAAACAGACUAGAAAAAAAAAACAACUUAAUCUAACAAACAAACAAACAGUAUAAGGGGAAGCUCACCCCUCCUCGCUCCCAAGUUCUGAGUUCUGUUUCUGCCGUUACCUGCUCCUCAACACCCUUCGUUUAUUUUUUCCCUUUCGACUCUAAUUAUAUUAAGAUGAGUUUUCGAUGAUCGGCCGGAGUUGGCUAAGACUGGCAACAGCGGAUGGUUAAGGAACAUAGAGAAGGUUAAAGCAAAUUGCAAUCGACUAUAAAAUGUAAUAACUAGGUUAAAGUUUUUGAGGUGCAUCAACAGCGACGUACCCAACUAAAGAUAUUAGUAUCUUUGAAGAAAAUUUCUCUUUGAUCUGAACCUCCUCGAAAGCCACGCAUUUUCUGCAGUUCGUACCUAGUUCGAUGCGAUCGAACCAGGUAACUAUGACGAGGGCCAGGGUCAAACGAGGUAACCAUGACGACGACCUUGGCUGGAUCAGUCGUUAUAAAUUUCGAGCAACAUCACUCAGUGAUGAUGGAAAUGGGAGAGCAUAUUGCUGGUUGAGAACAAUCUAAAGAUGCAACAUUAGUAGUGCCGGGUAGAGGAAGGGGAUGGUGGAAAGAGGUUGCGCGCAGUACGAUCAUGCGUCACGAAUUAAAACCACACAGGGUCAAGUUCCUUUUGUCAACUCUAAUUAGCAGCGUGGAGUUGACAUUUUGUUUUGUUUGUAUCGAGUUUCGUGAUCUUCCAGCAGGCACCUAAAAUCUUCCAACGAUCGGCGUGAAAACUCUGAGAAAGAAACUUAGUUAAGCACAGUUAUAUCAUGUCGAUAUAUAGGCGAUAAUGGUGUUUGAAAGCCAAAAUAGACGCGCAAUACUUGUAGUACUUAAAUUAGAAGAGAAAAAAAAACUGAAAACAAAUACAAACGCACGCAUAAAGAUGAAAGGAAGGAUCCUUGAAUUCACGUGCUGUUUGCAUUUCUAGACAGUGUUAGUAUCAUUUAGGCACCGUUUCAAGUUGUCAUGAGAAGCCUUUUGUUCUAGUGGUAAGAAAAGGCAAACGCAGUAAUGUAGCACUGUAUUUCCAUUAUAAUGUACAACUCUUAGUUUUGAAAGCAUUUCAACCAUAUCGUUGACAUAAGCACAAGCCUAUGUCCACAAAGGGCUUAUAAUUUGGAAUACAUGCAAAGUGAAUGUCUGCAACUGAAGUAUUUCGCAGAAAGGUUGCUAGUUCUACAAAUUUACAUCACAUCGCGCAAGAAUCAGUUCGUUUCCUUGUGGUAAACGUCGAUUUUAGUGUCCUAGAGUACUUAAUUGAUGACCGUCACGCUGGAAAACGUGAAAAUGAGUAGUUUGCGGAUAGAAAACUUGCUUAAUAUGACAACACUCGUUGACAAAUCUUAUAUUGCAAAAAAAUUCUGAUACAGUAUUUGGAUGCACAUAGACUAAUCAUCACUUUAACAUUCGGCGAGCUCAGCUGAGUAUUCAGGUUAAUUUAUUUUCGCAUCUUUGAAGCCGAAUAAAGUGGAUAGCCGCUUCAGCAAUUAUGGGUGAGUUAUGAUCAGUUUUAUCGCUAUAACAUGAUAGUCUAGAGAAUUAAUUAUGCCAUGCAUGACACCACUUUGUCACAUCUAACAAUUAGAAUCGUAACCAAAGUAAUAUAACUGAUAUGUGCGCUAUGUUGGUUGGCUUAAUUCAUAGAAAUUGCUUCAGCGCGUUCGCAAAUGUGCUUUCUCUCUACAUGCAGAAAAAAAAUUGUUGCACAAUUUACUUCACCGAUGAAUUUAUUUGUUCACUAUGUAACCAUGUUCAUUGUCGUCAAAUACCAUGGAAGUUUUUCAUAAUCAAGUGAUAAAGUACUGAAAUGACCUUUGGUCAGAAAAAAAAGUAUGUAACUCACUAUAAGCUUAGAAUUUUCACAAUCCUCUGCGAUGAAAGUGAAUACUAGUGUAUCAAAUUCUGAGUUUUACGCUCAAUGUUGUUAUUACGUUUUAUCUUCAUGCUAGAUGAUUAUCGAAUUUCUUUUGUUUCCUCAUUUUUUUACUAAAACAAGUUCGAUCGAAAAGUCACCAUAACGAACUAAAAAACUUGCAACUCAAUUGAGGCCAAGAUUCUGGAGGCCUCCUUAUAGAAUCUCGAAUAAAGUGACGGUCUUGUUCGUCAUCUCCGCUUUGCGUCGACUCAUUGAUGAACAAUGUCCUCAUUUCUGCGGGCUAAUUGCCGAAACCACCAGUCCAUUGUUUGCUUCGAGGCUCCAAUAUCGGUUUGUUAUUCAUUGCACACCGCUUUCGAGAAUCCGUGCUAAUCAAGCGAACAAAAACGAAAAAGAUUUUUACUUAAUUAGACAUUCAAUCGAAACACAAGACCACAUCUGAACUGCAGCUCGAGGUAGGUGUAACCUUAAACGUGUAUGCAUCAGUAUUAGGUGGAGACAGGUCCAAGCAUCUCACAAGAAAUUAUGAUAAUCUCCGAACAUAACGUUGGUCUCUUGUUUUGAAUCUAAAUAAUAACUCAUAGAGCUUUUUGAACUGUCACUACAACCAAAUAGCCGGCGGUGACCGUAAGGGUUCACAUUUCUUUUGAAAAAGUGAAAAUUUUCGAUAUUCUACUUGAAGGUUAUUUUUGUGGAUUUGUGAACAUGCCGUGCAUUUAAUAUCUCUGUUGUGCAAAGAGCUCCAAUAGAUAAGUGGCUAAAUCAUCGUGGAUCGGUUCCAGCGUUUCAAAUCUGUCUUGCAUUCUUACAUUGUUUGUUCAGUCCAAAUCAUGUCAGUGUUUAUUGUUUUGUUAAAUUGAAUUUAAAAGCUACGAUUCAAAACUAGUUUAUAGACAAAAAGUUACGAUGAUUGUUACUUCGUAAAGAUUGAAUAUCACGACGAAUGCUGUAAAAAUAUCGUCUUCAUCGCAGUUGAUGGGUUGAGAGAAUUCUUUAGAAAUGGAAAGUGUUUUAAUUUCAUCGAAAGUUAAACAAACAAACACUUCUCUCUCGGAAUUGAUGGGAUUCAAUAAAAAAUUCGCUGAGAUUGGUGUGGGAAUCGAGGCAGCUGAGUUCAAGGGAAAGAAAUAACUUCGUUUCAUAGUUUUACAGCGAUACAAUUUUGAUUUUAAAAUUUUUUACUAACAUCAGUAAUUGACAUUCAUCCCAUUGACCCGAUUACAUGCACAAGAAACAAUUAAUUUUUAUAAAGAAAGACUUCGAAAGAUCUACUUGUAGUGUAAGAUUUUCAAUGCCUCAUCGCUUUUUUACAAGACGUGCAUUCUUUGCUGCUUGUUAGAAACCUCAAAAUGAUGUAAAAACACCUAAUUACUCAUACCGAUCAUAUUCUAUAGCGGCACUCGGAAAUGCCUGUUUCUUUGUUUAUCCUGUUUCAUGCCCAUUCAUGCUUACUACAAAAGGAAAAAAAAAAUGAACAACAGGAACCGACCUGUUUCUUUUGUUAACUCUUGUGCUGGUCGCUUGUGUCUUGUGUUGUAUUUGACAAAAUUAACCACUCUUUUGUCUUGUGGAAGUUUAUGGUCUAACGGAACAUAGCAAAAGCUUAUGCACUGUUCAAUUAAUGAACCAAAACUCAAAACUUUGGAAACUUCUGAGAAAGUUAAUUAGAGAAAAGUAAAAAAGAAUGGGAAGAGGAAAAGGACAGAAAUAUGUCGUUCUGCAAGGAGCUCCUCGCUCGUGUUUAUCUUGACUGGCCUCGACGUAGUUCAGAUCAAUUAAGGGUUAACAACUUAGUUGGAAACGUAAAUUGGCCACCGUAAAGAGUUUAAAGGCUAACGUUUCAAGCGUUAACGCUUCGUCAGCUCUGACGAAGGGCUGACGCUCGAAACGUUAGCCUUUAAACUCUUUUACGGUGGCCAAUUUAUGUUUUCAACUCGGUUGUUAACACUAAAUUACCUGUUAUACUCUCCCACCGACACAGCGCCACAGUUUCUUUAGAAACUUACCCCCUUUAUUUGUAGUUCACAUCGGUCAUUUUUUAUCACUUGUCGUUCAUGAAAAACAAAAUAAUUCAGGCCCAACUAAAUUAUCGUUUGCGUUCUUUUGACGUCAUCUCAAGUGCAUUACGGACGAUAACUCGAAAAUUUGAAUCUGACUUCCGCUCAUAAAACAAUAUUUAACCCAAAGUAAAAAGCAUGGCUUCUCAGUUGCGUUAAAUAAAGGCGUUCUCAUUAUUAUUUUUUUAUGGCAAACUUUGGCGAAAUCACGUUAGCCUUCCCUUUACAUUUAACUGAAACAGUGUAGCUCAAUAGAAAUUUCGAGUCAAAAAUGCGACUUCCUAUCUCAUGAAGAAUGCUUUCGAUGAAUUGAUUGAUGUUGGAUUCUUACCUUCAGUUAAAGAGUUGUAGGAAUUACGAAUGGUUUGUUUGUAGUUAGGUAAUUAUAGUGUCAUUCGGGUCGAAAAAAAAAAGAAGCUUUUGUUUGACAAAAAACGAACAAUCCAAGCCAAGGUAUGUUCUGAAUAAUUUGGUUUUAUCAACUGAGUUAUUAAUGUAAAUAAACAAAGAGUAAAGAGUUUUCUAAAUCUAACGUUUCGAGCGUUAACCCAAAGUCAGAGCAGAUGCGUCUCCAAGACUAAAAACCCAAAGUACGCGAAAAUUUUAACAGAACAGAGAGGAAUUUCAAAGAUAAUUCUGUCAAUGUUGGUGUAGCCAUCAGUGAUUAAAAGACAUUCAAAUCCACCUUUUCGAAAAUAAAAUGAAUAAUUAAUAAAUAGAUAUAUGAGGGAGAAUUAAAGGCAUUUCUUUCGAAGAAAGAUUUCAGGUUAACUUAAAAUUCACAGAGUUUUCUGUACAAUCGUCAGUCGACAACAAACUGGUUGCUUAUACUCGAAAGAAUGAUGAUGUACUUAAUAUCGUAAUAAAGUCAUUAAACAUAUUUGCCUUGUUAUAUAUGUGUUCUGUAGAAAUCUUUUUUUCCCUUAAUUAAAAAUGCAAUAUUUUUUUCAAGGGCUCAGUGAAAUAGAAGAUUUACGACAACGAUAUAGUCACCUGAAGGAGCUCUAUAGCGACGCUGUUAAGGAAAGAGACCAAGCGAUCGAGGAGAGGAACAAAGCCACUGUGCUUAUUGCUCUUCAGUUACAAAGCGAGACCGAAGAACUGAACAAGCGGAUUGAGACACUGCAAAUUCAAAACAGGAAGUUGGACGAGGAGAAUGAAGAUCUAAAAAUAAGACUUGGUUAUGCCAAGGCUGACCUGAACAAGUUGCAGCAAACGCACAUAAAACUACAAAUUGAACAAGAACGAUGUUUGCAAGAGAAAGAGGACGCGUUGGCUCAAGUUAAAGAAUUUGAGAAUUUCAGGAAUAAAAGCCAGAUUGUUGAAGUAAUUGAUAACCAAGGUGAAGCGAAAAUGACAAGUGAACAAGAGGUACGUCUCUAAAAAUACUCCAACUUUCAAUCUAUCAGAAUAUUCAUAAAUUUCACCUUUCAACUCUCACAAGUGACCAACUAUUAAUUUCUAUAUAUUUAUAUAUAUCUAAGCAUUGUCAUGGAAACAAGUGAUGAGAGCGGAUGAGUAUGCCAUACAAGGGAAACUGUUUGAUAUAACACGCAAUUCUCAGAACUAACUGUAAGAAAUGCAAGGCCGACAAAAGGAAUAACUGUCCUAUCACAGAUCUUCUUAUACGUGCACCAUUUUCGGCUUUUUUUAUUGUACAAAUACAUAAUUGUAAUGACAUGUUUACAAAGUAAUAAUAGUGGAGAAUUUAAAAAAAGAAAAAAAAACUACAUCACAUGAUUGCUUGCCCGUAUAGUGGGUUUGUCCUUAUCUCCAUUUUGCAAAAAAUUCGAAGGAAAUUGGAUAAUACUCUUUGCUGAACAUGGAACAGUAACAGAUAUGUAGAGAUCACAACUGACUUACAAAUUCAAUACGGUUGAGAAAUAUCAUAAGACACCGCGAGAAGCCUAAGUUAACCAUAUUCUAGCCAGGUUGACCAAUUGCUGGCAACAUUUAAAUAUGUACUUUGCGAGUUGUGCUUAUAUCCUGUCUUACUCGUGAAUUUAACCAACAAAACCAAGAGCCGUGACAAUGAUCUUUAGCUGCCAAAUUCGUCAAACAUUUUGGAGGUCAAAUAGUCUCAAUGAUUUUCAAAAGGGAGGUAAACAUGGGUUCAUUGGACAAAUCGCUAAGCUUCACCUAUGCAUUAAAAAUAUCAUCUGUACUUUCAUAGGCAGGCUCAGUAGUUGCUACUUUCAUAUAUUUGUUCAAUAGCCGAUUGCUUCUGUUCCAGAUCAUUGUUUAGGGGUAUUUUCUGACGCCUUUGAAACGGAAAAAGGUGUGAUCAGUCCCUUAAUUGUCCUAAAAAAUUGUGGAAGUUUAAUUUGAGAGGCAAAACAUUCCUCAAUAAUAACGUAUUCCAUGGCCAAAUUUGUUGUUUUGAAGGUAGAUUUCUCAAUAAAUUUAGCAAAUCAAAUCAAGAAAUGGUCUACCGCUCAAUUCACAGCUUUUCAAUUUAACAAAAAUCAUUGAUUGAAUUAUCCCGUUUUUAUUUCUCAAUGGUGUGCUCUUUUAUUCGCGGGCGAAAACGUUACCACAAUACAUUCACUGAACCGUGCACUGUUUUUGUCUCCGUGUGAGAGUUAUGAAGCGCUAACCUCUCAAUCAAAAAGUCGAUUUUGCUUCGGCAACGUCGAAAAAUGUGGCCCAACAUCGAUAGGUCGGAUCUCAGUUAAGUUUCUAAAUCUGCUUUAAGCGACGAGAUUUCUGAAACGUCUGAAAAUGGGUUCCACAAGCUGCAUGCCGUCUUUCGAUAAAUAACGAGAAGAUGUACAAAUUCUUCGAGCAACUGAGUACAAUAUUUGAGGUAAGUUUCUACUUCCAAAUCAAAUUUUAUCGCCUUAAUGUAACCUCAUUAGAGAUGAAGUCGUUCCGUUUUGUAAAAUGUUACCAUCGCUCGCCAAUAUCGCACACAAAUUACUUUCGACAAGGAAAAGUUGCUUGAGUUUUAAGUUCAUUAUAAAAACAAAUGAAAAGUUCACGGAUGAAGUGUCUGUGUGAAAAGAUGAAAAAGCACAGAAAAUCAAAUGAAUCCCAGUAUCUAGCUUCAAAGAUAGCGCAGAUGUUAACUGAUUUAGAUACGCGCUCUUUAUUUACUUUCGAACUGAUAUUGCGAAGUAAUCUUGUGAUGAUUUUUCUCUAAAUGUUCUUUGCAUAAUUAUGUAUGUCAUUGGAAUAUUUAUCCUGUCAUUUUAGACAAGUGAAUUUGUAAGGUAGUAGACGUUCUGAGGAAUCUGAAAUAUGUUGUUGUUGGUAAAUCCAAAUGCACGCAAAGCGUUGUUUGACAAAUGUAUUUCCUGCAACCUUCUACUUAUCUUGUACCAUAACGAAAAACUGUGGUUGCAAAAUACUUUCGAUAGUUUCAGCUUUGUUAUGUAUGCAACACCGAGUCCUGUAUUCCUGAAUGUCUAUUUAGCUCUUGACGGAAGAUGAAUUGCGUUAAAGGCGCUUGACUUUUACCGAUCUUAAACAACAUUACUUUAUCUGGAUCGCUGGAAAACUACUAUCAAAAUGGCGGUCUAUCUCUUGUACCAUGAAUUAGAAUCAAAAAAAAAAGAGAAUAGAUGUAUACGGAACCUACGCUAUUUUUAUUAAAAAAAUAUGAAUUUUUCAUGAAAUCUGAAAAUAGCGAUUACGCUUAACGACUUCUGUUAUUAUUUGUGGUUGCUUUUACCUUGCCUAACGACUGCGCAUACCACAAACUGAUCGGUUUUAUAAUAUUAAUUGACAAGAACACAGUCAUUGCCUUUCCAUUGAAUUAUUUUUCUUUACUUUUAGGAUCCCGCUUACAGCAAUGUCAGGGACGAGAUUUUCACAUCAGGUAAACUAUUAUGUUGUUAUUAGACUCACAAUGAGGUAAGCGAGUCUGUAAAGGUUCGUUAGAUCCCUUGCGGAUUCCUUCAUCACAUGCCAAAUUUAGUUUGUUGGCGAAACAAUGGAAACGUGUGGGAAGAAAAUGCAUCAUUAUAGCCUGGAGCUUAAUAACAUAUUUUCAGAAGUAAAUCAUCGAAAAAAAAAAGGAAUAUGUGUUCCCAUCAUUUUCUUGCUGAUGACAGUUCUACCUCGGAUUGCAAUGGUCUGGAUGAGUGUUAUCGAAUGUGCCCUAUUCGCUUCAGAAAGGUCUUCUAGGCAGCUCUCUCCCAUAUUGUCUAUAUGACCCACAUGAUUUCAAAUAGAGCCGAAUAUCUUCAAGUUGAGCCUGGUCACUUUGUAAACUCUAGAAGUCGAUUCAUUGCCCUAUACGGCGACUGCACAAUGAUUCUUUACCGUGAAUAACUGUGCAUCAACUAUAUCAUUUGCUGUUAGUGGCACUUCGCCACAGGUUUUUGACAUCUAAUGGUCAGUUUACUCAUCCGUUGUACAUGUACUAUUUCCUUACUUUCAUUCCAAACCCGUUCCCCCACUUGAAUUAAUCCCAAAUUUUCUUACUGAGGGGCCGGGUCCAUUUUUCAGUCCCUAAUUUUUGUUUUGGCUUUCGUUCCUAACUAGUCACUCCGCUUACCCAUUUCCUUCACAUCCAGUCUUUCAGUUGUUCCUGAGCCCCUAGGUCUUCCUAUUCUCGUCAUUCCCCACCAUUUCCUCGUGCCUGAGUGAUUCUUUCGAUAAACGUGCUUUUUUCUUUACUGCCGUUUAUUUCAUCACGCGAACCACCCAUAGCCGAAUCUUUCUCCGACUUACUGGUAUUGUGCUGCACAUAUCUUUUUCUACGCAAAAUUGCGAGUCAUCGCGACAAGAUCUUUCAUCUUUCCAAGAUCCGGUGAAAAACAGUUGGACUCAUUUAGUUCCCCUCCUCUGUUUUCCUAUUCUUAUCCUUUUCCAUACCAGUACAUUCGCCUUUUUUCUUAAGUUGCCCUUCACUGUGAAGCCUUCCUGAUUCUCCCCUGCCGGGCGAUGCUUGAGAGAUCGAUAAUCCUCUCUUAGAAAUAUCUUCCAUCGAUGGCUCACUUAUAGAUUUCUUUUCCAUUGUGACGGUUGUGGUUUAUAUUGACUUCCUGUGUAAUUAUGCCUCUCAAGCAGAGUCAUUGUAAUGAUUACCACAUACUUCAUUUAAGAUUAUGAGCGCAGGAAGUAUGCUUUUAAAAAAUCUACUUAUGUUCCCAGCCUAUUACUUGUCUUUUAGUGUUCUCGUUUCUGUUAAGUACCUUUUUUUCUUGGCCUCCUGUAUAUGGGGAGAAAGUUCUUACUUUCGUGGUCAUUUUGCAUUAUCAUAUAUACCAUUUUUUCGUUGAUAAGGUAACUACAUGUGUGUGAUUUUUAUCCCAGGUGCGGAUGAAAAUCUGGAACUGGAACCCAAACCACCCGUGACACUAAAGAAGUCCAGUCUGGACGAUGUCUAUAAUGUCCAUGAGGAGAUCGGAAAGUAAGCAACGGUGUUCAUAUACAAGCAUAUAAUCACUUGUUAAGAUUGAACGGGGGCGAUAAACGUUGUGCCUUUUGUUUACUUCGGUGAGAAACCUUAGUCUCAUAGUCUGUUCAUUAAGGAGUCUAAGAGGCACACCUUUUAGAAAAAAAGACGACGUGUUGAAUACCUUGCAAUGGAAUGGUUUGCCUCCCCGAAUAUCUUGAUGAUUUAACCAAAACCAGAAAAUCGUUUCCUGACACACUUGUGAUUAGAUAAAAUGUAACAUAACCAGCUGCACGUGAUUUUUUUAGUCCCGUGACAUCUAAAAUCUAGUUUCUCAUCGAACAGAGGAAAGUUUGGUGUAGUGAAGAGAGUUACAGAACGUUCUUCAAAGACCACGUUUGCCGCCAAACACAUCCGGCUCAGUACGGCUGGCAGCGGUUCAUCGCGAGAUGACAUCGUGCGUGAAAUUGAUAUCAUGAACAAGCUGCACCACAAGAGGCUUGUGGGAUUGAUUGAUGCGUUUGAGACGUCCAGGAAUAUCGUCAUGAUAAUGGAAUUGUGAGUAUCAUUUUAUUAAAACUAGUAAAGAUAAAUUCAAACGUAAUUGAUACAUCGGAAGGGAAAACGUGGACUGUUAUAUUUUAUUCAUGAAUUAGUUAAAGGAUGGCUAUCUUGUUCCCUGUAAUUUUUUUCAUAUUUUUAUAAGUUGGUAAAAGGAUUUGGAAUCGUCCUGUGAAAGCUUCCUUGCGGGAAACACCAUAUUUAUGACAUAACUUUUAUCGAUCAAGAAUCCAGUAAGAGUAAAACAUCAGGCAUGCCUCAUUUAAAAAUAACGACCCUUAACUCAUCGAUGAUAACACUUUAUGUAAUUAACCUUUCGCACGUUUUCUCGCCAUUUGUUUUAGUUUUGUACCUCUCACUCUCCAAAUUGGUUCAGUUAGAACUUAGACCAGCAGGGUUUUGAAGAUUAAUUGGAGACCCAAGAUGAUUUUUCUGAUAACUUUUCUUCUCUUUGUUUAGUGUGUCCGGGGUGAGCUGUUUGAAAGAGUGGCGGAUGCUGAUUGCUUGACGGAGAGGGAAGCUUCUUUUUACAUGUAUCAAUUACUGCAGGGUCUUCAAUACAUGCACACCAAGAAUAUUGUGCAUCUAGAUCUAAAGGUAGGAAAUAUCUUACAUUAGGCUUAAAAAGUAAAACCUCCUGAGCAGAAGAAUGAAAAAUUGUUCUACCUUCCUUCUACAUCCCGACACGUUAGGAAAUCUUCUUACAAAGAGCCUAUAGAUACAGCUACUUACUUCCUCACCUUUAUUACACAUAUACACCAUUACUGAUAUUAAGUUCAUUUGAAACCAUGCAACCGGAUUCAUAUAAGUAUUGUAAAAGAAAUAUUUUGUCAAAAAGCAAGCAGUUUAAUUGCCCGAGUCAUGAGUUUCCAACAAGGAUGAAGAGCUAUAUUUAGUGGUGCGGAAGAACCGAUUGAACGAGGAAUAAUUAUUUUGCUUCCUAAGUUUUGUACUGGUAAUUAAGGAGAAGGUAAACGCUUCCAAAACCUCCUUUUUUUUUCUUUUUACUUUUUCCGCAGCCUGAAAAUAUCGUAUGCGUAAGCAAGAACAGCUGGGAUAUCAAACUUAUCGACUUUGGCUUAGCACAGGAGCUCGUGCCGGGGGUCACAGUGACUGCUCUCAAGGGAACCCCUGAAUUUAUGGGUACGUUUUCUCUAAGAUGUUCCCAACAAAUACUACUGAAUUUCAUUAAUGAAAGUUAUUCGAGAACAGCAUCUUGGUUUUUGCUUAUCUCUUUUUAUCUUUUUUUUCCAGUACCACCCCUGCUUAUGCUUGUACUUUGUUUACAUAUUUGUUAGUUUUUUUUGCCUUUUGAUGUUUUGUUUGUCUUGUUUCUUUAGCUCCAGAAGCGGUCAAUUUUGAGCCCAUUUCAUUGGCUACUGACAUGUGGUAUGUUCUUGAAGUUCUUUUACAUGAUCACUUCAUGGUUAAUUGAAGUACAUACCUCUUCGUUUAACGAAAGUCGUCUUAAGUCUCCAUUAUCUCGCUGUUUUGAAGCGGUUCCAGAAAUUUGAGGAUCAAAUUACCGAAUUUUAUGAAUAGAAAAGAAAGAGUAAAUUGAUCUAAAGGCAAGGAAGGGUUGAGGAUGAUAGUUUUUUAGUCGUUUUUUCAAUAAUAAUAGCCAAUUGCUAAACUGCUUAUUAUUUAUUUGACUCAACACAUUUAUUAAUAAUCAUAGUUAAUACAAUAUAGUUGUACACAGUAACAAAAAAUGAAGGAAGUUAAGUGGUCAUUGAAAUUUAUCAUCAGAAAAAGAUCAUAUACUCCACUAAUAAGGAUACGAAUAGAAGGAAAGGGAUUCUGGAAAAGAUUCUUACCUGUUCCAGGAAGAACAUUCAAGAUCACUUCCUUGUUGCUAUGGAGACUUCGCUUGGUGUGCAUGUGGCGACUUCUGAUCCUGGGCAACAGAUGAAAAUCGCUUGAUGCAUAUUUUAGUUUAAGUGAACUUAAGCAAGAGUACAAGUUUUAAGAGCAUUCAUAGUACUAAAAGAAUGAGUACGGACUGACUCUUUACCAUAAAGGUGAUGAAAUUCAAUGUUUUAUCUUUCAGGAGCGUUGGUGUCAUAGCUUACAUCCUGUAAGUAUCUCUCACUAUGUGAUAUGAACUUUGUGCGGUAAUUUUGUGGCUUUAUAUACAAAUAACAAGUGAACUAAGCAUUGAAGGCCUUCUUUACGAACGGUUUGUUCUUCGAAAAGAAUAGCUUUUCGCUCGUUCAUCAUUUUCGAUCCAUGUUUUAAUCUUGUCUAACCUCAAACAUGGACUUUUUUUUAUGGCUUAUUAUAAAGUCACUGGUAUCUAUUUACCCGAAAAGAGAAUUGUCUUUAAAUUCCCUUCUCGCUGAAAACUCUUGUUUAAACCUUAAGAAAGGUCGAAAAAGCAUGUCUUAGUAAUUCCCUUUGAUAUCUAUCUCCGAAAUUCUGUCGCUCAUUUUCCAAAAAAUAAAGAAAAGUACAUUAGCUUAAAUAUAAUAUUACUGUCAACAGUAACGCAGUUUCUGUGUGGCAACGUCACUUAUGUUAAAUAAGACUCAUUUGACACUCGUAAUGCGGAUAAGUAUUCCCUGGCGACAGUAAACUUGAUUCUAGAACCCUUUUUUCUCAUGAAAACCACGAUGCACUCGUUCAAUUUCUUACUUAUUCAUUUUAAGCCUCAGUGGGUUGUCGCCACUUCUGGGAGAGGAUAACAAUGAGACCCUAGCCAAUGUGACUGCCGUCGAGUGGGACUUUGAAGACGAGAGCUUUGACGUCAUUUCUGACGAAGCUAAAGAUUUCAUUGCUCAACUAAUGGUGAAAAGCCCCAGGUAUGAUUAGUAUGUUUAGUUACAACUGAUAAUGUCUGUCUGCCUAACAUUAAGGUUUCUAUGAGAGUUCUUAUUACCCAUCACUUUCUGAACAGUUCACGUUCUAUACCUAACCAGCAUAACAGUAUCUAUGUUAUUUUUUAAUUUUUAUCUCUGUUCUAUUUACCUAUUUUGAAACUUCAGAAAAAGGAACACGGUUACGCAAAGUUUGGAGCAUGAAUGGAUGAAGGUAAAUGAUAAUGCUUUUAAGUAUUUUUUAAAGAGCCACUUGAAUAAAUUCUGCAUAAUCAUUUCAUUGAUGUUGAAAUCAGCAGCGGCAAGGUUUGAAGCUUUCACAUUCCUGGUCAAAAUCAGUAAUUCUCCUAUGUGAGUGACUUACGUUUUCUCAUUGAUGGUUCUGCUAGAUUCGAUGUCAGAUCAAAUCAACACCUCGAGUUGAUUUUUGUUAUCAAUUCUCACCCUCUUGCUUGAAAAUGCAAAUUAUUUUGCAUAAGUUGUUGAUUGUUAUUGUUUAAUUAUGGUUCAAAAGGAAGGGUCCAAGAGCGGUCUUAACUAGAAAAAUAUGAAACCGUCAAUAAUCCAAGCUUGGCUUUACUUUGAAUGGCUAAGUAUGGAAAACAACUAAAUAAGUGCGAAACAGUUGCAAUGCUAAGGCCAACUAGAUGAUCAAUUUAUUGACUACUGGUUUUAUUUUCCUUAUUUCUUUGACAGAAAAGUGCGUCAACAAACGCUAUCAAGAUAGACACCAAGAAGUUAAAACAAUUCUUAGCCAAACGAAGGUGGCAGGUGAGAGGCUGGUAGUUAUUGCCCAAAGUCCUUAAUAGCACUGUUACAGAAGCGUUAGUCAAAAAACCAUAUUUUUUGUUUCACUUCAGGACUUGUGUCCGCGAUGUUUUGCUUGGGUAGAUAAGGAACAUAUAAAACCUUCCCCAAUCAUUCCACAAUUUCUCUUUGCCUUUGGAUUAAAAUUUGUUUUUGCUUUAUUCCUUUCAUAUUGUAAUAGAUAUUUAUGAAAUAUUAAUGAAGCAAUAAAUGAAUGAUUACUAACAUUGAUGAUUUGACGUGAUUUGCUGACUUUAAUAACUAACAAUAAUCAAUAAUUUGAAAUCAAUACGGUAAAUUAGUGACUUAAUACUGAGUUUUAUUUAUGGUUCUAAUCAAUUGUCGUAUGCACGUAUCCUUGAUAUUAGAGUACACGUUUUAAUUUGAUAGCGUUAACCUUUCAGUUAAUGACUCACCGAUAACAGCUCAGUUCUAAACGUCUUAAAAUAGUACCGUGAUGAAAGUCCCACAAUGUCGGCCACAAAUGCACAAUGUGGUAAAUCCAAGCAAAGUAUCAUCUAAACUAAACUAACAGGCACGGUACUUGUGUGAUAAAUACGGGCACUCGCAACCCAGAUCACGUCAGUCAAAUCUAUACAAUCAUGUACUCAUAGAUUCCCUUCUUAAGCGAAUGUGCCAAUCAUCCAAAGAUGCUGACUGAGGAUGAAAUCCUCGAGGUUAGUCGAGUGUGGAAUCAUCAAGUGUCGCCAUGGUAACAGACGUGUCGCAAAUUGUGUUCCUUGAAACUCAGCUUUCAUUUCCUUGACAUGGUUUCGUCCUUAUGUUGGUUGAAUUCUUUCCCACUUCUUACUUUUGCCGAAGGAUUAUUUGUAUUGGUAACGUCCAGACUACCUUAAAUUAAAGCUUACAAUAGGGGGGCGAAAAAAUUGAUCAGAAUUUAAAUCAGAACUAUUUCUGAAAGUCUUUAUACCUCCUUCGAACUUCAGUUUGCAUCCUCAAAAUUCAAAAACCUAAAACUUAGUAUUCAAUUCAGUGCAAUCCAAAAUGUCAGCUGUCAAAGAAACGAUUGAAUACAUUAGUUAGGUUAAAAAUACACAUUUUGUUUACUCAUCUUACGACUCUGAAUGGAGAAGCUGAUCCAAGAUAAUUGUAUAUAAUAGAGACUCCGAACCGCUACCUGGUUACUUUUUGUAAAUAGUUGUCCUCACGACGAAGCGCACAUCAAGGCAAGUUGGUUCGCUUUCAGCGGCUCUGGCCAUUUUAAAUUAUGGUUGCAUGGAUAUGGUGUAUUUUCGUUUGUGCAAUACUUUUCCUGUAAGCAAUUCAUAAGAUAUGAUUGCCGACCUAUGCAAGCCUAGAAUUUUAUUCCAAAAGCAAUCGAAACAGAGGUCUUGCAUGUCAAGUGACUUUAGUUUUUUUUUCCUUUUAGAAAUCUGUUAACGCACUGAAAGCGGUCCGUCGAUUAUCCACCUUGUCGUCUCUCAUGAACCUCAAGAGUCGUCCCUCGAUUGCACCGUCAUUACCAACUCUUCCUUCUGCCAAGGAGGAUGUUGAAGAUGCAACUGGCUCUAAUGAAAUUCGUAAAGGAAAAGACGAGAAUGACGCUGGAGAAACAACAAACGUGGAAAAAACGUAUUAAAAGAAGAGGAUGAUGAGGAAAACCGAAGGGCAAGUGUCUAAACCAUCUUACAAUUGAUGAACAGAAUAAGUUGACUGUUUUAACCUUUGGCCGGCUAAUUGACAAACGGACUAGCCUUGAGCGAGAUGAAUGAAUACCUAGUUGAAUCCAUGAUUCAUUAGCUUCUCUUAUGUUUGAUUUAGUGGCUUAAAUGACUAACUGACUGUCUGAUUGACUGAAAAUUCCGUAAGCGGCUCGGUGUGUGAGUGAGAUGAGUGAGGGAGAUGAGUCAGGGAGUGCGUGUGUACGUUCGUGCGUGCUUGAAUGAAAGUGUGCUUGAUUCACUGAGGUAACAAUUGAGUGGGUAAGUGGUUCAAAGUUGACAGACCAGCUAACUUAACAAAAAGCUGGACUGUUUCCUGGGUAAGUGAGUGACUGAUUGAGUCACUUAAUAAGAAACUUACUGAUAGUUGUGCAAACUAACUGAUACAUUGCCGGCAAGGGGUCGUUUUCAUUUGACUGGAAUGUGAAAUGUUACUGUAGAAGAUGAUUUUUCAGUUGGGUUUAAAUCAACCAGUUGAAUCAUACAUGGAUUAUUUGUUUGUUAAUUCGACUGACUGAGUCAUUGAUUAAUUAAUUGACAGAACCACCGGUAUUCAGCAAAGAAUUAAGUAACCUCUCUAUCACAGAGGGAGAAACGGCUUCCUUUGAAGUUGUCAUCGAGAACGACACCAAUUGUCAGAUUCAUUGGUUUAAGCAUGGUGUAGAAGUAAUUGAGAACCAGCGGUUAAAGGUUGAACGUCAUGAUGAUGGACGUCAUUUGCUCCUCAUCGAGGAUAUAGCAGAUGAUGAUUGCGGAGAGUAUUCUUGCGUAGCUAAGAACGAGGCUGGAAAGGCGAUAAGUACAGGGACGAUUUCCAUACAACGGUCUUGUAAGUAUAAACUAAGGCUACCUCAUAUUCAAAUGUCAUAGCCAUCAGCAAAUUCAUCUAACAUUUUUAGUAGCGUGCAUAGAAUCUGUGAUGCCAAUCGACAAGGCUAUGAUUCCUCAUUGUAUCGAAUGAUCUUUCGAUUGGAGAAGUAGAUGACGUUAAAUUUCUGAAAUUAAAUAUUAAGACAAAAGUAAUGAUAAUAACCAUAGGAAUGAUUACAUUGAUUAACUCAUUUUCGUUUACAGCCCUUUCGAAAAGCGACGAAACCGACGAGGAAGAUGAAGAAAUAGACAACUCUAUAGGUAAAGGUCGAUGGCCUUCGCUGAAGUUGGUGUUUUUAAAGAUUAAAUUGAUCAUGAUGUUAAUUUUUGAUCACCUUUUAAAACUCAAAUAGAAGUUCCAGUUUUCAAGAAAGAACUCCACGACAUAACAGCAAGUGAACAUGACAACGUUACUCUUGAGGUGAUUGUCAGUGGUGACUCUCCCUACGAACUGGAAUGGUUUAAAAAUGCCGUCGACAUAACUGAAAACGAUCGUGUUUCCGUGGUUAAACACGAAGACGGCCGAUUUACCCUUAACAUUCGGGAGUGUGAGGACGACGACACCGGAGAGUACUGUUGCGUAGCUCAGAAUGAGGCUGGAAGAGUCACGUGUGCAGGAUGGUUAACCGUUGAAGGUAUGCUUACACACCAAUGUCUCUCACGUUGUCUCACUUUCUAAGCCUCAUCAUCAAACUUCUACAUAAAAUCAGUUUUUUUUAAUAUCCCUUUCAGCGUGUCCUACAUCAUUUGUAGUAUAAAAUCGCACAUGAUUUUAAUAAAUAAACGCCUCCAGAUCAACAAAGCAGGCUAAAUAUUGAAGAUUAAGACUUCAAAUGAACUUUUGUUUUCCCAGUGGAAAGCGUCUUGUCUGAGGAUGACGAAGAGACUGAGUCAGAGAGUGAAGAUGAAUUUGUACCAAUAGAUUUUGUUGCGAUUAGGGAAGGCGAUGUACAAAAAUUCUACUGUAUCGAAGAAGAGGUUGGCAGGUAUGUUAACAAUGGGAGGGCUAAUAACGAUUCUGUUUGGAAUUGAAUUAUUUCCAUAGAAAUCCUGAUGCGUUUACUAUCGCUCUCUGUGGCUCAUCCUACUCUUCUCAAAGUUAUGUUUUUCCAUUUUUAGGUCCUUACUUACCUUUUAAGGUUUAAUCUUGGUACCUUGGCUUUCGAGCCUUGAGAAAAAGUGUUUCGGUCAGCCACAUUGCUUUUUUCUAUAACUCGUCAGCUUGUUAGAACAGGUGUACCUUGAAUAAUUUCAUGCGGAAUUUCAUGCCUUCUCCUUUUAUCGUUUUCUGCGCUCAGCUGCAAUUGGCGGUUAUAGCCAACCCGUCUUUCUGCUUGCUCUGAGUUUUUAUGCAUUUGUAGGAUGCACUUAACCUUAACAUUUCACUGACGUAAAACAAUCUUUUUGAUUACCCAGGGGUCGUUUUGGGAUUGUUAAGAAGUGCGUCGAACUUGACACUGCGACCAGGUUCUGUGCUAAGUUAAUCAAAUCGCGACCUAGUCAAAAGGAGGAGUUUAAGCGCGAGAUUGACGUCAUGAAUACCCUUCACCAUCCCCGGAUAAUUAGACUCUACGAUGCGUUUGAAGAGCCCAGGCAGAUUAUCCUUAUAUUGGAGUAGUAAGUUACCUUGGACGAGUCUUUUAUGCAACUAAUCUUGAAUUUGGCUUACUGCUUUAAUGAUGAAAUGGAUACUCAGAUCGUGAAAUCUACCGACCCUACCGGGUCAGGUUCAUCCAUAUUUCCUAAGUCCGAGCAGAUUUGGCGACGGUGCAUAUAAAAAAUGUCCUUCAUCUCGAAAAAGGACCUUAUUUUGCCAAGAGAAUGGUAUGCCCUGAUACACUAACAUGCCUCUUUUCAUCUAGAUCCCCUUAAAGUCUCUUUCACUGACGGUUUUCAAGCUGGUCUGCUUAGCUUAUAGAUAGUAAUUUACCAAAUAACUUUGAAUAGAUACCGUCGAUACCGUGUAGCGAACCAUAUCGUUCGUCCCCAAUGCUCGUAUGGUAUGACGUUAUUCGUAACCGUCAUUCUAGAACAUCUAACGAAGUGACUAAAAUACCCCAGCAUGGCGCGAAAUAAACGUAUAACAUCUGAUACAAAUUCUUUGCUCUUUGCAUGUUUCAUUUUCGACGAGAGUGAUGCCAAUUUUCUCUCCCACCCACUUAGAUAUUUUUCGAAUUUUUCGGUCGCCACUGUGAACUUUUGAUUCAUUUCUCAAUAAAAUGUGGAUAAAUUUAGCUACUUUUCUUUAACUGCAAUGUUGAUUUGCCUUAUUUCAGUUGCAGAGGAGGUGAUUUAUUCAAUCGUAUUGAUGGCGAUUCUCUUCCUGAGUUCGAAGCAGUAAAAAAUCCUCAAACAAGUUUUGAGGCUGUCAAGUACAUGCACGACCUUGGUUUCAUGCAUUUAGACUUAAAGGUUAGCAAUUCAUCGUCUUUUAUCCUCUAAUUAAAAAAAAAAAAAAAUUCAAACAGCAUCCUAACUCGAUUUGGAAGUUGUGUACUCAGUCAACGGCACCAUUGAGAAUUCAUCUGUGAACUGAGUCUCAUUCAAACUAACGUCAAAAACCCUCUCAUUUCAUCGGAGCUUUAAGCUACUUCACUACCGACUUAACUAUUCCAAACAUUUUCCUUGCAGCAUUGUCAUGGCUCUGUUUAAAUUAACACUAAUUCUUUUUCGCCUUCGUUUCGUCUGCAGCCACAGAACGUGAUGUUUAAAAAUGAAGGCGGUUUAAAGAUAAAAUUGAUCGAUUUCAGUCUAACAAAGAAGUUUGAUCCUGAGCAAGAAACAAAGAUAUCGUUCGGAACUGCUGAAUACGUUGGUAAUUUUACCUCGGUUGAUGAACAAAGUCAUUUAUCUGUCCUUUUGUCUGACGUUUUCUUGGUGUAGGCUGGUCAGUGCUGGUAGUUUUGUUUCUUCUCUGUUUGCUAUUUAUUUCGUUCUUUUCCAUAUUAGCAUGGAACUUUAACGAGUUAUCCUCUUGUACUAAGAAGUUGCUGGUAAAACUCGAAACCAGGUUAAUCUUGAAAAUUAUCUGAGACAUAGUGCCCUUCUUUCCACACGCAGCUCCAGAAAUUGUCAACUACGAGCCUGUAACCUUAGCAGCAGACAUGUGGUAAGAUUUUUAGUGGUAAUAGUAUUAAAAAUAAGUCACAUGUGCUGAGUUUUAAUUAUGGGCAUUUUAUAUCGGUCGACGGAUAACUGAUGCAAAUCUAUCCUUUUUAUUUGCUUUCAGGGCGAUUGGUGUUAUUGCUUAUAUUAUGUGAGUAUGGCUAGUCUUGUAAAGGAAAAUAUUAUAACCAGUAGUGGAAAUCUGUAGAUUGAAACCUCUAUUCAGGAAUGUAUUCAGUUUAUUUUUUCGGCCAAGACUUGAGUGUUUGCUUCUUGCAUGAAAGUGUUCCAAAAGAUGAUUACCCCUGCACGUAUAUGCUCUUACUUUAUCAAUCUAAUCAUUAAAUCAACCAUUAAUACGACGAAAGCUUCGUUUUCUUGUUUACGUGACGCCACAAAAUGAGCCCUAACUGUGAAUUUUCAAUUUAGGUUGAGUGGCGAAUCUCCGUUUCUUUGUGAGAGUGAGGCAGACACUUUCUCGCGCAUUACCGAUGCACGCUGGGAAUUUACGGACGUGUUUGAUUACGUCAGCAAGGAGGCCAAGGACUUCAUAACCAGGCUACUUCUCAAAGAUCCAAAGUAUUUGCUGAUUCUUGAUUACAUUUUAUGAAAUUGUAGCGUUUAUACGGCAACAUGAGUAGCACGAAAAUAUAAAUUCAUAGGUUACUGUAGUAGUCUGUGCUUAUGAACCCGCAUUCUUAUGCUUUAAUGAAUCAAUCCUUUCUCUUUUUUCACUCAAUGUUUUGUUCAAUGGAGUAAUGAACGCUGUGGGGAUCUAAUUCAUCUCGUGGCGAGACAACAUUGAAGAGUUUUCUAGUCGAAGAAAUUUCUGCAUAACAUAAGUGUGCAAUAUAAACAAUAGCCAGUGCGCAAGUCAGAACAAUUCGGGCCAAAAAUUCAACAAUUAUACUUUCCGUUGGCACAUUGAUUGCUUGGUUUGUUUGCUCAUAUGAUUUUAAAAAAUUUUUCUUUUUUAAUACCAUCUCUCGACAAAACGUUCACUUCUAGCUCCAUCAAUGGAUCAGCUCUGUUUUGUCUUUUCUUUCAGUUUUUCGUGGGGUUCCGUUAUUUUAAAUCUUUUGAUCUUUUCUCUUCAAUUGUUUGGAAACAAGUAUCUCAUAGAGUAUGAAAUUAUCGUUAGGAAUCGUUUUAAAGCUUUGUUAUUAUCCUCUCUGUAGAAAAAGAAUGAAAGUAGACGAGUGUCUGGAGCAUGAGUGGAUCAAGGUAAAUCAAUUUUGGUAUCACCCUACAAGGCUUACCGUCGUGUUCAAUAAGUCAUGAGUAAGACACCUGUCUAGACCAUUUUUUAAGCUUCAUUACGUUAUAUUUCAAUGCAUUUAACUGUGCUCUUUAUGAUGACUUUAGUCACCAGGGUUUACUGGAAAACGGAAAAGCAAGAACUCCUCGGAGGUAGGUCAAUACACAAAAAUAGUUUGUUGGUGUUUCUUGCUAGUAUUGUUUCUCCUCAAAGUUCAAUUACAAUAUUCUAUAUACAACUAAAGUUAAUCCAUACAAUCAAAUUUUUGCUGAAAGCUUUUUCCUUCCUUCCUCUAUAGUUCUUCCGUCCGUGGUUAGUCUGUUAUUCUUUUCGUCCCUUAUUUUUGUUUUUUCCGUUGGAAUUAGCCCUUAUUUAUCUGUUUUAUUUUUUUUUAAGGAUAGUUUCUCGUUCCUCUUUCUUUCUCAAUCAAAGAUUUACUCAUUGCAGGGCGAGAUGACUAUUGACCAAAACUCAAACGUUACAUCGCCAACAGAACUGAUGAGACAAGGUAACUAUCGCUAUUGGAAUUAGCUGUAGGUGGAUUGGCGAACAGAGUAUAAAUUCUAAGUCACGAUCUCUAAUUAGGUCUGAAAAGGUGGUAAUUAACUAUUGUUAUGUUACGGGAGACAAAGGUGUUGGAACAUUUGGGCGUAAUCCAUGGCCGACUAUAAAGAUCAUCUCAAUCCAUGUUCCAAGCCAGUUCUUGGAUAAGCACAUGUUUGUAAUUCCCCCAACGUACGUUAAAAGAAAAUAUCUUCGUCUCUACAGAGAGCAGAAAGUCUGAGCUAGAAUUGCCACUGGAUCCAAGGAAAUUAGAGUCUAAAGUUAAAUCACUGCUAUCAAAGUUACAAAACGCGGAAAAGGAAAACCAAGAAUUGGAAGAAAAACUCCGUGACGUGGAAGACCGCGCCGAUGCCCUGGAAGAUGAUCUUCACACAAGUCAGAGUUCUAGAAGGGUUCUGGAAGACAGGGUGUCAAAAUUGGAAGCUGAAAAGACAGAUCUUUCCAAGAAAGCAAAAACCAACAGCGAUGUUUUAAAAAGGGUAGCAGAAUCAGAGGGAGAUAAGAGAGCCCUGGAAGAUAAACUAUCCGAGCAAACUCAAUAUUUAGAAAACUUAUCACAGAAAUACGACUCUCUCAAGGAAAAGAUUGAGAAUUACGAUAUUCUAGAAGAAAAGGUUUACCUUUUGGAACGGGAAAGGAAAGACCUCAGGGAUACAAAGCAGUCAUUAGAAGACAAAAUUGCACAUCUUCAGGUGGAAAAGGAGGAAUUAACAAAAAUGAACGAGAAGAAUUCCUUGAUCAAUAGAGACCUUGACAAUGAGAUCGCAAAGCUUAAAGCGCACAGAGACGAGAUUGAAAACCAAUACGUUUGUCUUCGAACCGAGAAGGAGUCUUUGGUCGAGGAACUCACGAAACGAUUCAAUAUUUUAGAUGAACAGAAAAAGUCUCUCAGCCAAGAUAAGAGUAACCUAGAGACAAAGUUAAGCGCAUUUGAAAUCGAAAACAAGAAUUUGAGGCUAAAACUUGACGACUUAACAAAAGACAUAGAAUCUUUGAAAGAAGUUUCCAAACAAAAUGAGCAGGGGAAAGAAAAAGAAGACCUAGAAAAAGAAUUGACGAAAGUUAAAAUACAAAAAGACGAAGCCAAGGAAACUUGUGAAGAAUUGACUUCAAAACUUAGCAAAGCAUACGCAGAAUUGGAACAGUUAAAGCCUGCAAAAAUGGGUGAUGUGACAGGUGGGUAAUACAUGUAUGUAUCGCUAGGAAGUCAGCUUAUCAGUAAGGCUUCAUGAGACUGAAACAACUAUAAGAAACAAGCAUCCUACGUAAAUGUUAAUUGGUUAUUGAUUCCAAAUGCUAAGGUGUCCAAUCAGUUUUCUCUGUAGAAAGUAAAGACUAUUAAUUGAACUAAGAGUAAUCAAGAACCAAUGCGGGAGUCGCAGAUUGGAGCUUCACAUGCGACAAGCGUCUUGCAUACUGCUUAGAUCAGCGAUGUCAUGAAUGUGGUGUGCGCAAACGUUUAGAAUAUUCGGGAGAGCGAGCGAAAGACGAGAAGGCAGCUAACAGCUCUAUCAUCGCCACGUACGAAUUCUCUGAUAGAUAUUGAUCUACUCAAAUAUUUAGAGCAUGUGUCUGAAGGAUAAGUUAUAUACAAACAUUGCUUUUUUGUUAUCGAUUUUGAGAAAGCAUAAAAUUUGUCAUGGUAUUCCGCAUGAAAGUGUGCAAGAUAAACACUCUGACCGCUCGUUGUUAUGUUGUAUUUCAAUACAAUUUUGUAGUUCUUAUGAAACUGUAGGACUCCAAAACUACUGUUUUAUGUUUGUUUGUUUGUUUGAUUUUUGUUUCGUAUGUUUUUUUAUUUUCCUUAGAAAAUCGCCAAGAAGAUAUUUCAGCUUUGAAGGAAAAGUUAUCUUCCCUGGAGGAGGAAAGGGAUAACCUGGAAGAUGAUCUUGACGACAGGGAAGCUGAAAUCGUCGAAUUAAAAGGGAAAAUCGAGCAUCUUGAGGCAGAGAACAAGGACAGAAACAAAGACAUCAUGAAUUACAAGUCACAGUUAGAAGUAGCCAACGAGGAAAUUAAGUCCUGGAAAACGAGAAAGGAUGGUACAAGCUCGGCGACGCCUAAAGAAGACCAAGGAAACCUGAAUGAAAAAAUAAAGGAUUACGAAUCUAUGAUGAGUAAGCUGACGAAAGAAAUUUCUUCUUUACAAGGCAAACUUUCUGCAGCAGAACAGCUUAACAAAACUUUAGAGGAAAAGGUGAAAUCCAGUACACAGGUAUGGAUUAUGUUUUUUUUUUUAGUGUCGCAUAAAGGUAUAAGAUAGAAACAGCAACAGAAGUGUAACUCAUUAUUUAUGUAUUUUUAAGUCGGUCAUCGAAAUCAUACUCGCCUCAUUUUCUAUUCGUUACCAUAAUUAUUAUACCAUCAUAUCACGUAAUCGUCUUUCGAGUUGUACUUGCUGUACUGAUUACAUUAUAAAAAGAUUCUGUUGCUGAAAUACCUUUCGAUACGAAAAAAGUGUGUUGCCCGUCGAAAAGUACCAGUACUUGUUUAUAUUUUAUCGGAAUAAAAGAGAUUUAACAGGGGAGGGUUAAACUUGUAUUAUAGAAGCAGAUUCCGACGCACAAAAAACGUUGAUAGAUCAUUUUAAUAAUUGAUUUUGAUUAGAAGCUGGUUGUAUCUUAAAAUCCUCAAGGCUACUCUGGUUUGUGCUUUAAUCAAAUUCAUAUUUCAGGAAAGUUUCCUCGAUCCUAAUAUGGAAGGCGAAAUCAUUGGAAGAAGUGAAAAUACACUAGAAUAUGCGUCUAUGGAUUUCGAUUGCUUUGACACAGCUGACCAUAGUCCAAGAGAAGAUAGAAAUGGUCGAGACGAACGCAUUUCGCCUCAGGGAAGAAUCAACAAUGUGUUGAACAGAGAAGAAAAAAGCGAGAAGUUCGUCUUGUUGAAAAAAGAGUUCGAGAAAGUAAGGAGGAUUUCUGAGGAUGCUGAGACGAGGUUAGCGGAGGAAUUAAAGAAGAAUCAGAUUUUGGAAGAUGAGAUUGAAGAUUUUGAAAUAAGGGAAGAGAAAGGUCUGAGAUUGUACAGAGAGCUAAAGGAGGAAUGCUAUCGAUUGAGGGCACAGCUGAAUGACAGUGAAUCACCUAUGAACCAAGUUGAGGCUCGCUUGCGAGAAAAGCUAAAAAGUAAUGAAGAAGAAACCGAAGCUCUUUGCAAGCAACUCGAUUCGUUGAAAAAAGAACUACAAGUGGUCAAAGAAGAAAGAGAAAAGGGUGACACACUUUAUACUAACCUUUCUGAGAGAUACAGGAAUUUGUCGAAAGAGAAAAAGAUCUUGGAGCAGGAGAAACAUGAGCGCGAUGAGAGCGAAACGAAAUCGCGAGAGCUUGAGGACUCGUUACAAACGCGAAUUCUUGAAUUAACGAACAUGAAAGACGAGAUUGAGUCCAUGCGGGACAAGCUGCGAUCGCUGGUACGAGAGAAAGAGGAAGGUAUAAAGGAAUUUUCGAUGCUUCAAAAAGACCUUGUCAAGGCAACAAAUGACCGCCGUCAACUCGAAAAACAAGUAAAGGACGAAAUAUUCCGCGCUGAAAAAAUGGAAAGAGACCGUUUCAUAUUACAAGGAAAGAUUGAGGAGAUGCAAAAAAGUCUGCAUAAACAAGAUUUGGUCGCGGCAGCUGAUAAAAAGGCGAUAGACGCCUACGUCGAUGAAAUUAGACUUCUUAAAGACGAAAAGGGCAACGCGGUUAAGGAAGUAGAUAGGCUGAGAAAGCACAGCAAAAAUUUGAUGCAUGAUCUAGAGAAAAUUUCAAAAGAAAGCGAGGACGUGGAAACUCUGAAAAUCUUCAAAGAGCAAGCGAUCAAGGAAAUCAAAACUUUGAAAGAUGAAAACCAACGCCUUAAUCAAAAGAGCGAAGAUUUCGACCAAAUAACAGCCGAUCUUAACACUCUCAGGGAGGAAAAAGCAAUUGGAUUGCAACAUCUGGGAAUUUUAGAAAAAGAAAGUGAGAUUGCUUCGAGAGAGAUUGCAGCACUAAAAAGUGAAAAUGAGCUUCUUCUUGAGAAAGCUAACCAGCUCGAAGAAUUGAAAGAAGCCUUUGAAGCACUAAAAGAUGAUGCCGAAAGCCUACGAGAAACCAUCGAGGCUCUAAAACUCGAGAGAAAGGCCACAAAGAAAGAAAUUGAGGAUUUAAGAAAUACGAAUAAUCUUCACCUUGAAAAGAUUGUGGAAUAUGACAGAAUGCAGGAGGAUCUUGAAACAUUGAAAGAAGAGAAAGUAAUGGGACUAAAAGAGUUAAGUAGCUUGAGAGAGGAAAAUGCUGCUCUUUUGGAAGAGGUCAAGGCAACAGAUGAACUUAAGAGAGAAUGUGACCUCAUUAAAAGUGAGAAAGAGAGAGCAUUUGAAGAAAAUAGGAUUUUGAUUAAGCGUAACGAAUCCUUAGUCAAAGAACAAGAAAGCGAUCAAAGAAUAACAUUAGCAUUUAAGGCAGCGGAAGAUGAGGCCGAAAGGAUUUCCAAGGAAAAUGGAGUCUUGGCGGAAAAAUGCCAAACUCUAAUGAGCAAAAUUAAGGAGUUAACUUUGCUCAAUGAUAGUCAUUUAAUGGAGCUGAGCAGGUUGAAUCAUGAUUUGGGUGAAUCUAGGAAGGAAAAAGAAGCUCUUUCGGCUGAGCUUGAAUCUUUCCAUGUUAUCAAGAAAGAUCUCAAUGCCUCAUUGGAAAGCAAUCGGAGACUUAAUAAGGAAUCAAGAGAUCUCGAAGUCAACUUGGAAACUCAAGCUUUGGAAACGAUGAGAUUGAAAAAGGAAAUAAACGUCCUAAAGAAAAAGAAUUACGCUCUGACAACAGAAAUUGAACGCCUUCAAGGACAGAAUGCCAUCAUAGAAAAUCAAACCUCGAUAGCACUCUUGGAAGAUGGGGAAGAAUCAGAGCAGAUUUACGAACCGAAACCUAGCAAUGCUACAGACGUACGAAGAAAACUUGACGAAUUCACAACUUUUGAAGAAGUUGCAGGUAAAUACAACGUUGAAGAAGAAAAGCCUGGAAAUGUUAAACUUACAAAGUGUAACAAACGCAACGAAACAGAAGCCUUAAAACAAGAAGUCGAUUUCCUUCAGAAAGAAGUUGAAGACUUAAGUGAAGAUCACAAGGAACUUUUGCAGUCUUAUAACGCCUUGCAAAAAGAAUAUGAUCAUUCUAAAGAUAAAUUUGGCAUUCUUGAAAAGACUUUGGAAAUAAAGUCCAGAGAAAUGAAAAGUAUGACCGAAGUAAGAGACCUUUUAGAAAACACGAAGAUUGAACUUGAAAACGAGCUGAAAGUUACAUCCCAAGAAAAGGUCCAAGUCAGCAGGGAACUAGAAACUUUAAAAGAAAAGUUUGAUUCUCAGUGCCGCAGUCUGGAGAACGCCGAAAAGGAAAUUGGAAAUCUAUUUAAAGAAAAUGAGGAACUACAUCAAAAUCACAUCGAACUGGAGGAACGGUACGGACGUAUCAGGAAACUGAACAGAGAACUCGAGGAGGACAUUGAUAUCGAGACUGGAAAGCUCGUUGAGGCAAAAGAACGCAUUUCUGAACUCAAGAAAGAAAAUUCCCUUCUUCAACAAAUGAAUUUAAACCUGCAACACGAAAUUGACAAACUGAAAGGAGUUCCCGAGUUAAGUGGUCAGGAACAGGGCGGAGUGGCCAAAAAGGUUAAACAUCUAGAGAAAAAGAUAAGUGUUGCUCAACUGCAGAAAGGCGAUUUUGAAACUCGAUCUCACGGGGAGAAGAACAAAGCCCAGAACGCCACAGAAAAGAACAUGGUCAAGGUUUUGGGGGAUGAAACACGAAAGCCUCAAGGUUGGACAGAAAACGUAAGGGAAAAUAAACCACAGCAAAACCAGGGGGAAAGAACAGUAUGGACACUAGAACAAGAAAUAAAGAGCCUUCGUCCUAACAAAGAACGAGCUGAGGCCUUGGCUAAAGAAUUGGAUCAGGUUAAACAAAGACUUGACAACGAAAUAAAAAUUAGGGAAAGCAAAACUGAAGAGAGCAGCCAGAAGAAAAAAGAAAACGACUCCUUAAUUUACGAGCUUGAAAGCACCCGUCACAGAAUUGUUUCAAACGUGAUAAAUCCGUUGGAAGAAGCGAAACUCCCGUGGAAAUUUCGCGUCACCGCCGCCGACAUAUCAGCGGGAAAAAGUAAAGCAUGGUCGAGCAUCAAGGAAAGUAUUGGAACCCUGAUAUGGGACCGAGAAAGACUGGUAAAUGACAACAAGGUCUUAAAGCAAGAAAAUACCGAGCUGAAGCGUGAAUGCCAAGAACCAAUAAAAGGCAAAGAAAAAAUCAAGGUAGGAUGGUUUUGGUAGUACUAAGAAAUUAAUAUACACAUUCGCCACGGAGUGGACUAGAUGUUUCUUUCGAGUAAAUUUGAUCCUACUCAGCGGUGAAAUUUUCGAUGAAAACUCGCCGAGGAUAGUCUCUCAAGUGGUCGUUUUCACUGCUCAUAAGCUGACAUGAUACCAAACCUUAAUGACUGACCGAUGGAAUGGGUAACACCAGUAGUUGACUGACUCACUAACCCAGUCUCAGUUUGUUUGACCAGCAGGUUUCAUAACCUACAAAGUGACCUUAUUAUAACGUACUUCAACCAUUUUUCUCUUUUAGAAAUUUGAAGAAUUGGUCGGUAACCAUCACACGGAUGAAGACAUCUUAUCCAAAAAGCAAGAAAUAAAGGCUAUUCACGAGACAAUAGCUUCUGAUAAGGACAAGUUGACACAACUUCAACAACAAAAAGAAGAUUUGCUUCUUAAAAUCGAGUUUAUGAAGCGAAUGCAAUCAACUGCUGGCCAAGAGAAAGAUCAACUGGCAGCUGGAAAGAGCCUUUUUACGUCGGAUGGGAGACUGGGGCCGAACUCUCACUCAAGGUUUAAGUUUCGUAGAUUUCAAUCGGUGGAGAGUAUUUCAAUCCUUAAAGAACGGGAUACCUUCGAAGAGAAGCAAGAUCCUGUUGAUUUUCCCACACAGACUCUCACCGUAAAAACGCAGUGGACUGGGAACGAGCGAAGCGAAAUCUCGACAGGCGAGGAGCAACUACAAGUUGCGCGACAAUUGGUAAAGAAAAAUCGAAGAAUAUUCGAAUUGGAGCAGGUUGGUUAUCAAAGCGAAAUGCACUUCUAUGCACCUGCACCAACCACUGGAGGAUUCACGUUGUUACUUCACGCACGCAACCGUAAGCUAAUGGCACUGUCAAUGUAAAAGCUGCACCUUUAAAAAUGAACUAUAGCUGCAAUAAGCAUUAAGAAAGUUGCUAUUAAUUUUAAGUACUGUUAUAAAAUAAAAAGAAUAACCUGGGCCAGAAGAAAGUAUUUCCAUCUAAAAAAAGUGAGAAAAGGUAGCUAUAAUUAUUUUCAAGGGUUUACACUUAAAGAAACACACUGCGGUGUUAAAGUAAUUAUUGUUUAUUUGCAAAAUGGCACAUAAAUUAAAGGGACUAUAAAUGUUAAAAAAAACACGUUAGUUGUUACACCACAAAAAACCGUAUGCACGGAGGCACCUUUUUUUUUCAAUCAUAGCCUAAGCACUUAUCUAUCGUGAUGCACAGUUAUACCAACCAUCUCUGCUUUAGUACAACGGAUACCUUAUUGUAGAACAAUGACUAUAUAACCAACUGUUGUUGCCCAUCCUUCUGACAAGUGAGUCUCCCAAAAAUAUUCCUAGAAUUGUCAUAGGGUAGGUCUUAAAAUUGGAUCAAAACACAUCAUUUUCCUUCGCACUUUUCAUUCAUACCAAAAACUAGUCUUAGCUUUAGCUAGUCAUUUGCACUGAAAUUUUUCACCUUUCAUUUCCUUUCUGUAAGUCUAUAAUGAAAUGGACAAAAAGAUUUUUAUACGUUUUUCAAUUCAGCACAAAACAUUAACGACACUUUGUGGUUUCUGAAACUCUAGGAAAUUAUUUCAGUCUGUAACGUUAUAUACUUACACCUUCUUUACUAGGAAGUUGAUGUACUGCUGACCAAAAUCGAAGAAUCCUCAUCCGGAAAUGCGGCAGUGGAAAGCUUUUCAUCAGACGUAGAAAAUUUCAAAGCGGAAAUUUUACGACUCGAGGGCGAGAACAAACGGCUGAAAGAACUUGCAAAUGAGCCAAUACUUGCGUCAUCACAGAAAAAAAAUGGAAUCGUUAGAAGCCAUGAAUAACUUUCUAAAAAGCGAAAAAGAAGAGCUCAUUCUAGAAAUUUCUGCCAAGAAUAAGAAAAUUGAACUUUUGGAGAAACGCGUUAGGGAGUUGACCGAGAUGAGGAGUAAUGUCGUCAAUGGAUCGAGAAAUGGAAUUCACGACGAGGCUGAUUUGCAAAUAAAUGCAUUAGAUGAGGAACUCAGCAAGACUAAGCACAGAGUAUGUGAGCUUGAGGUAAGAAAUUCUCAGUUAACUCAUGACUUUGUCGAUUGCUCAGUUUAUGCCUGCUCUGAGAAAAAUUCGAGUUUGUAAUUCUGAGGUAAGUUUGAUUAGGAGUAAUAAUUAUAAGAAUUUUCGUUUUUUUUGUCCUCCGUCAAGUCCGUCACUUAAUGUCAGUUCAAUCUACAUAGAUUAAAUCCUCUUUCGAUCCCGUAGCUCAUGACAUUCCAUUCACAGAAUCACCGAAGGCUUAAAAAUGCGUUGCACUUGUACACUUUCUUCCUCUCCAUGAAAGUAAGGGAUUACCGACAUCAUAAUUACAGAGAUUAGCAUUCCACCACUCUAACUCAGCUUGUAAAACGUUUCCUUAAUUUAUCCAAUCCAGGCUGAACUUGAACAUCUAAGCAACAGUCACAAAUCCAAACUAAAGCGAGAGCUGGACGAAGUCGAGGCAAAGUGGACAAAACGGUUGAGGUUUGUUUUAUUUUCUUGAAUUUUUUAUAAGCCUACGCAAUACUUAUUUUCAAACAACUUGAAGGUCUAACAACUUUGAUUUCAUUCUUUUUUAAAUCAGAAAAGAGUGCAUGGAGCUUCAGUCAGAGUUGUCGGAGAAACACAGCAAGGAAAAACAGCUUUGGCAAAAGAAAGAAGUGGAACUUCAAAACAUUGUAAGUGGUCAUCAAAUCCGCUGUGAUGAAUGGAACAAGUCAUUAUAUCACGAGCUUACUGUUCCAUUGCUUUUGAAGCUCGCCCCUUUUUUUCCAUCGAUUUAAGGAAAAGGAUUCCUUCUAGUUUUCCCAAACGAUAAUUUAAAACGUCAUAGUAUGGUCUCCAGCCAUUCGUCAAGUCUCUCGUACACGUAAGUUGUACCCAUUCAAAUUCUUAAAAGGAAAGGGCGAUGUAAUUUUUAAGCGUCUCACAUAAUAACGCAACACACUGACCCUAGAAAGUAUUCAGACCAAAACCAUUUUAUUCAUAGUUCAAUACGCAUAUAACAUGUCUAUCGCGUCUCGACAUGCAAAGGGUAUGUGUGAUUCUUAGAGAAAGCACAUUUAGAUUCUUAUGAAAAUCACUUCCUGAGAAUGAUUCUUGUCUAUGAGUGCUGCUAUUUAUCAUCAAUUUGUCUGCCUGUUGUGGCAUAUCCACAUUUCAUUGUGAACAGAUCUGCUUCUGUCAUUCUACGUUUGAAUAAACGCCCCUAUGUGACUCGUCAAAACUCUUCAAACUCAGGAAUUAAACAUCAGGUUCGUCCCUUCUCAACGAAAAGUGAAAGAAUAAUGAAAGUUAUUUUUUCUUUGGAAGAUUCGUCAAAUGAAGAUCGUGAUGGACAAGAGGCUUAGUCAAGCGGAAACUGAACGGAGGAAACUAGAACAGGAAUUGAAUACUGUGAAAACGUCCGGUUUCCAUGGCAGCACGAUAAGCCUCGAUUCAAACUCAGAUGACUCAGCUGGAGGCGUAUCUCCAGAUCCAGGGAAAGGCAAGGACGCGACUCAGUCUGGUUUGUUUUUUUAAAUUUAUUUUUGUUCACAAUUAACUAAUUCUUGCAUCAGAUACCAAUUCAAGACUCCACGCAGGUUAUUGACACUAAUAAUCGACAAGUGUAGAAAUAAACUUUCGGGGUCUUAACCUAAGGGUACAAUUUCUUUAAUCAUAGUGGAAGAACUGUGCAAGUUCAAGCAAUUCAAGUAAUAAAAAGUUCAUAAAAAUCAACUAGAGGGGACGUACCCAAAUUCGAUAUGACAAUUGCCAAAGCUGUCGAGGAUUAAAGAGACGCUAGCAUCAUUUAAGGCAUAGAGAAUCAGAGUAGUAAACCAUUGAAUAAGAUAUUUUGAAGAACUUCAGUUAAGUCACAAGAGAGGGAAGGGGGUCACUAAUGAGUACAAUUUAAAAUACUUCUAAGACACUUCUUCCAUUUUAUUUCUGCCGUCAAAUGAUCAUUUUGUUUUUUCGUCUCUUACAGAUGGUUUAAGCGACCGCGAACUACGGCGAGUUGCUUACAAAUUGAAUGGAGAGGAGUGGUCUCGGCUUGGAACAUUCCUUGGGGAAGGGGACAGGGAUCUUGGUCAGCUCGGUGGACUAAGCAUGGGUCCUCAGGAGAAAGCUUUUAAAUUAUUGGUCAUGUGGAGAACUCGGUGUCGUUUAAGCCGAGCUCAAAUGAUUUCGCAUUUAGCCGUAGCGCUCGAGGAGGUCAACAGAAAGGAUGUUGCCCAGUUUGUUUUAGAGCAAUUUAUGUCUGGAAAACCUAGAAAGAAAUUGUUUGGGUGGUAACUAAAAUAUUGUUAACUGAUGUAUAAUAUUUUUUAGUUAUUUUUGAGGUAACUGCUAGUGAGUGGUUGGCGAGACCUACAUAAAUGUUGCAUGCGUAACAACCAAGGUAAAAAGUCUUCGUAUUACACCAUCUCACCAUUUUCAAAGGUAUAUCAACUCAUAAGCAUUACAGAGAAGUUGUAGUCAAUUAAAAUUGAGUAAUUUAUAAUCUAUCAGUGACAAUCAAUCAGAUCAAGGCUGCAAAAGGCGAAGCAGUUGACUAACGUUGAGCUAGAUCGCAGUAACAAACUAGAGAACAAAGUUUUUUUCCUAAUGAAAAUGUAAUUGAUAUUUUAAGUACCAUGGUGAACUGCAGGAUUACAACGUGUUCAAAAUGUAUAAAGGAUAAAUCACAUUAAGAGAUUCACCUAACGUUUAGUGAUUGAGGUAGAUGAUUUGGAAAACUUUACAAAAGUGGGAAACAAUAGAAUAAAGAAAUCAUAUUUAAGAGUCAACUGACUAAAAUGUCUCUGAUGUUCAAUUUCAUUUGUACGCAUUGUUCUUCAGAUGAGACUGACCCAUUGGACUCGCUUUUCAAAGGCGGCUAUCGAUAAAAUUAUGAUUAAAACACAGUAAUUAUUAGACACAAUAUUAUCAGACACACACGCAAGAAAAAACAAAAACAACAGUAACAACAAAAAAUGGUAAACUAAAAAGGAACAGACAAAUAAGCAAAGGGCAAACCACAACGCCAUGGCUUUGGCACCACUGGUAAAGCAAGAAAAAUGAUCAUUGCAUGGACAAAAAGGCUCUGAAUAAGGCAGAGAGAUGAUAGUGAAAGUUGUAACAAUAAUAUUAACAACAUUCGCAAUUAUAAUAAUGAUAAUAAUUGUGGUUGCAAUACUAGCUUUACUGCAGCUUAGCAAAAAGUCAAAGCGCAGAGUUACAAUUUUCUUUUAAUCACCUAGUCAUUCGGCACAAAGUUUGGAUCAAUAUCAGUAUCUGGGCAACUGCCCAAUUACCCCUCCCCUCCCCCAACAACAAUCAAUUGAUGACAAGUUAGGG